UAAAAUCGGGUUCCUAAAACCAAAACACGUUUGUUGGAAAAGAUCAUAUUAACAUCCCUUAUCUGGAGCUUAUCAGUUUCUUUUUUUGGAAACCAUUUAUAAAAUUUCUUAAACUAUAUAUUUAAAAUUUUUUAUUUUCAGUGUGCAACCAGUUUACUGUAAAUGAAGUACUUUUUGAACACCAACUUGAUGCAAGACUCGCAAUCAAGAGCAUCUGAAAUUAGCUACAAAGUUGUUUUCAAGGCCAUGUCCAACUGGUGUUUUAACAAAAUUUGUAAGGUAAUCAAGUUGUGAAAUAUGUUAUCUUUGAGUUAACAAACAACACAGGGCCAAUGAUGCUCAUUCCUUUUUUUAAACAUGUAUAGAUUUAUUCUAUAUUGAAAAGUAUUAAAUCUCUUUUCAUACCAUUUUGCGAUAGUAUUUAUAUUUACACAACUUAAUGAAAUUCCAUAUUAUUCUUGCUCUUGCAGUAAUAGAUUGAAUUGUCAUUUAGUAAAACAACAUGGCAGGAACAGAUGCUGAAAUGGAACUUGAACAGAACCAGCUGCAGAUUCAACAUCUUAAGGCUUUGGUUCGUGAUAGAGAUGAAGCUUUACAAAAUAAAGAGAAGGAGCUGCAAGUAAGGAUUUCAAUACAUUUUAUUGCAUAGAGUUAGUAACUUGCCAGUUUUUGUUUUGUUUUUAGCAGUUACUACUUUUAAAUUUGCUUAGUUAGAUUGAUGUAAGUCUUUGAAAGAAAGAAAUUAAAAAAAAUUAUCAACUGCAAUUUAUCAGUUCAGAUUUAUAUCUAUCAACCUGGGAUAAAAUACCAUAAUUUUAGUAUUUGAACCCCUAAAAACCAUUUCAUUAAACAAAUAAACAAAAUAAAAUGACUAAAACAAAGUAGGGUUGAACCUGAUUGCAGUUUCUCCCCUUAUUACCCCUUUUUUAACAAAUAAACAGUGUUAUUGAUUAAUAAUAAUAGCCUCUCAAAAUAUAUAUUUCCAUUUAAACUUCUAGUGAAUUAGGGUUAAUUUUCACCUUCCUUUUUCCAUAAUACUGUUUAUAGCAGUGGGAGGUAUGUUUAUAAAUAGUUUACCAAACAUAAAAUUCACUGCUUCAUUUGUGGAAACCUAAGAACAAAUUCCUAAAAGUGAUCCUUAUGGCCUUAAAUGGUAAGGAUGGUAGGCGGUAAGCAGCAUUCUUGUAUGUUAAUGUCUUUUAAUACAAGCUGGCUUACUAAAUAGAAAUCAAUUAAGUGAUGAUAUGUCUGUUGUGUUUCUGAGAUGAAAAAUCUCUUAUUUAAUGUAAUAUUCUUUUAAUAUUUAGAGAUAAUACAUUUUUUUAAAAAUCGCUUUGCAUUUUGUAUGGGGAAAAAAAUUUUUUUAUUUCAAUAAAUUUAUAUCCAUGUUUAAAUUUUUUGAUGUUAAAUGAUUUCUAGUGUAUACGCAAAUGUUAUCUCUAGCCAGCUCAAAGAAUAGAAAGUCAGUGCUGACCUAUAACUUUUAAAUAGAAAAACUUUAAAUUUCUAGGUGUUAACAUUUUUUUGCACAAGACUCUUUCACUUAUUCCACUUGUUAUUCACUAGACUUGUUAUCUUGGAAUAAGAAGAAAAUUAUACUUAUAUGGGUGUGUCCUAUUGUAAAUGCAAAACUGAUGAUUGAAUUCUAACACUUUCUUGUAUACAUUUUCUGUAUUUUAAUGCUGUAGUAUUAAUUAUUAAAUUAAAUGUUUUAUCUUCAGAAAUUUAUUGAAAUACAACUAUUCUUUUGUCAGCAUUGAAAUUGUACUAUUGUAUGCAACUCACUGAUCAGUUGUUUGCUUUUUGUAACAAUGCAUUUGAACCAACUUGAAAGAUAACCUACAUAUAAAAUUAUGGAGUUGAACCUUUGUCUUAUAGGAAACAAAUGCAAAGAUGUCCAAGCUGCGUUUGCAAGCUAAAGCAAAAGCUGCUAAAAAAACACAGUUGUCAGAAGUGAAAAAAGCACAGGAAGGUCAUGAAAAAGUAAAGCUUCCAUAUUUGAUUCUGAGCAAGCAAUUGUAUUUAUGAAUACAGGCUCCUAAGCUGGACAAUACAAAUAAUGAUAGAUAUUGAAACUGACUAGUGAUCUGUUAUCAUCUUAUCUAACUUUGUAAAUAAUCUCCUUAACAAAAUUUUGUGAAAAUCCAAACAUGAAUUCAAAUUUUAUUAUAUAGCAAAAAAAAAAAAAUGUGCCUCAUUCUAAUAAGAUAUGUUUUUUUUUUCUAGGAGUCUUUUGAAGAAGGGGCAAGCCAAGAAGAUGGUGCUCAUCAGGCUAACAGGGCUAAGGCACUCCUUCUUAAGCGGAAGUUGGACGAAAAGGAUCGUAUAAUUGCUGAAAAAGAGGAGGUGAUUCGUGUGAGGGAAAGCCAGCUAGAAGCCAAAGAGAGGGUAUUGGCAGAGCGUGAUGGAUUUGUUGCUGACUUGAAUGAUCAAUUGGAACAGAAGACAAGAGCUAUGGAGAACAUGCAGAAAUCAUCAGGGGGUUCAAAUUCAGGGGAUGAAGUGGUAAUUAACUAUUUGUUAAUAUUUUAAACGAUUGAGUGAUCUAAAAUCAUUGUGUCCUUUUUAAAAAAAAAUGAUUUUUAGAAUGGUCAAACAUGCAAGACUAUAAUAAGCUGAAAAAUUCUUUUGCAUACCUCACCGAAGCAGUUUCCUAACAUAAGUAUAUUAUGAUAAUACUUUUCUAUUCCAGCACCCACUUGGCAGCCCGCAAAGUAACGAAAUAUUCUUUAUUCUUAUAAUUUUCUUAAGAGCUUCCCCCCUGACCUAUUUUCUUUUGGCCCGCUUAAGUCCCAUCCUAUUUUCUUUUGGCCAGCACAAGUCCUUUCCUAUUUUCUUUUGGCCCGCACAAGUUUUUCAAAAAGUAUUAUGGCCCGCCUUACAUUUUGAGUUGUGCAGGCCUGUCCUAAAUGAUUGAAUUUAAAAAUAAAAUUCUGCGAUGAAUUCAUAGUAGACAAAAAUGACCAUAGAAGUUUAUUCAAAUAUUUCCCUUCCACGACAUAGUAUAAAUAAUAUUUGAUGGUUCAAUAUUUUGUGCUCUUAACAACUGAUAUAAUUUAUUUCUUACUGUAAUACAGAGUCAAAUGUAUGCUCAAAUGGUGUAUAAAGAUCGCAAGAUAAUAGAACUAAAUAAUAAAAUACUUGAUCAAGACAAAAGAAUCAUGGACUUGCAAGAGUUUGCUGGUGAGAAAGAUCAGGUGAUACGUGGCAGGGAUAAAGUUAUAGAAGUACUACAAAAUUCCAUAAAAGAAAGAGAUCAAACAGUCCAGGACCAAGCAUUGCUAAUCAGUAAACUAACAGCCAGGGUGGAGUCCACCAAUGAGAAAGUAGAUGAUGUAUCUGAGCAGCUGAGACAGAAAAGUCAAGAACUCAAGACUGAGACUGAACGUUUUCACAUCAAGCUGACAGAGUCACAAAAGUAUUUUGAGGAGAUGCUCCAAGACAUGGACACAGAGACCAAAAGGUAGGAAUGACAAUUGGACGGAUCCUUAUCAUUUUUUUUUUUUCUUUUAAAAAUAUCAUUAAUUUAUAAUGGACUAGUGGAAACUAUUUCUCAAUCUUACUGCCAAAAAUGUUCUGUUAUUUCUUUAUUUGCAUAAAAUAGUCACUUAUUAUUUUGAUCUCAUGAAAGUUUCACUUAGAAUAUUUUUAAAAAUUUUCCUUCAGAUUUUAAAAAUUCCUUCAACCAUUCCCAUUAAAAAGAAAUAUGUUGGAAACUGCAGCUAAUUGCUUUUAAAAAUUUCAUUUUUUUUUAUUUGGUUCAUUGUUUUUCUCUUGUUCUUAGGUUGCGCGUUGUUAUAGAAGAAAAAAGUAAAGAUCUGUCCUUGAGAGAGAAUGAUUUAAUACAACAGAUAUCCAAGCACGAGCGAGACAUUGAAGCUCUCAUGAAUAAGGACAAUAUCAACCUUCAAGAUCAUGCCCUUCAGUUGCUGGAGAAUAAACUCAAGGAUACUAAUGAUGUUCUUGACGGAAAGGUUAGACAAAAGAGAAAUUAGUGUCUGUCUGUGUAUGGGAGUGGUGAGGGGGGGGUGUCUACAAAGUCAAUUUUUUAAAAUCUUUGUUUGAAAAACCCAGGUUAAAGAAUGUUGUGCGAGUGGAUCAAUAUUAUUAUAUAAGCCUCUGGUAGUUUGACAUAAAAAUAUUUUAUUUUUGUUAAAAGUGAUAUCACUUUACUUUUGUUUACUUCAAAGUUAUAAUUUAUUUAAAUAUCUUUUUUUUUUUUUAGUUAAAAGUAAUCUCAGUCCUUCAGAAAGAGAAUGCUGAUAAGGAUAAGGAGUUGUCUGACAGCAGAGAUACGCAGAGACUUUUGAAGGAGAAACUGCAGAUGUCUUCAGAACAAAUGAUGAUCCUACAAGCCAGUUUUGUUGAUAUGGAAACCCAGUGGAAGGAUGAGAAAUUGAGGUUGGAGAAUAAACUAAAGGACACAGUUGAAAAACAUGAAACGGAGGUGAAAUUUUAUUUGUUUUUGUGUUAUUAAUCACUUUCUUUUGAUAAGCCUUCAAUUAAAUUUAAAUUCUGUACUCCGCCGCUCAUUGGCUUUCCACCAACCAAAUAAUUUCUUAUUGAAUGUCCGGCAAUAAUUUUGAUGUUAGUGAAUGAUAAAAACAUCUAAAUUUCAAAUUUAAAAAAUCAUGCUUGUCCUAAUUUAUUUUACUAAUUAGUUGUCAGAAAAAGAACUUCAGCUUCAGACCCUGCAGUCAACACUAGCACAAUAUCAGACGGCAUACACGCAGGCAUCUAUACAGUAUGGUCGUCUGCAAGAACAUUAUCAGCAAGCCUUGGCUGGACAUGUUGAUCCUGAACAUGUUAAAGAGGUAAAAUUGGUCUCUUAUUUUAAAAUAUCUUUCUACCACAACAAAGUGAAGUUAACUCAUUCCCUCUGGCAGUGCUACCUCUGUACUUAAUUUAUUUUCUUGAGAAAAGGGAAGCAACUUAGUUUUGAAAUUGCUUUACAUUUUUAAAAUAUUUUUUCAGCUGCUAAAUAUUAAUAUAAUACAUGUUAAUGAAUUAAGGAUGAAUACAUCAAAAAAUAAAUAAUGUUUAAUAAAAAUAUGACAUUAGCAGCGAAAAAAUAAUGAACAAUGGCCAAAAAAUCGAUUUUUGGCACCUUGCAUGAACACAUGCUAGUGAAACAAGAUAAAAAACUUGCGUUUUUUAAAUUAAAAUCACGCAGAAUUACACCAUAGCCGGAAGUCUCGAGAGACGCGAGAUUCCAUUGCUAUUUUUAACUAAAAAUAAAAGAGGUGUGUUGCUAUGCGCCGGGACACAUUUGGACGCAUCCGUCGAAACUCCCAAAGGUCGCAACUGCCGUGAAUGAGUUAAAUUUGACUGUAUUUCAAUGAAAGUGGAACAAGUAAAUGACAGAAAUAAGAAUAUAAAAAUGUUUUCUGUGGCUAAAAUCAAAUCAAAUGAAAAGGUUAAAAAAUUAGGUUGAAAAAGAACAACAUUACAGUUCAUGAUAAAUUAAUGAUUUCAGAUGUCAGCUGCUGCCAGCAAGGACAAGAACCCUGACAUUGACAGGCUGAAAAAACAACUGGAAGAAGCCACUCUAACCAUUGACAAGCUCUCUGCACAGGUAUUUUAUCCACAGAAAUAAGUUUAUCAUUUAAUUUAAUUACAUUCUUUCAUUCCCAUUUUGUCAUAUUAUUGAUAUUUGUAGAAGUAUUCCUAUAAGCUUAUUAUUUACGUGGGAUUCUGUUAAUUGUAUUAAAGAUGUAAAUGCAAGAAAAGCUCAACAUGAAGUAGAAGUUAUGUACAUAUAUGUUUGGUUCAAUCAGAGUAAUACUAAUUUUGCCUCAAAUUGCCUAGUCCCAUCUUUCUUAAAACACUAGUAUCCAUGGUAUCAAGGAUUAUUUAGGCCUAAGUGCAUUGUGCAGUGUGAAAAUAUCUACCUCAUAAUCAAGAGGAAAUAGGUUUGACUUUGGCCACAAUUGUCCUCAGCUAUGGAAAUGGUAAUGUGGAAAACAUGAUGCAACAUAGCCAUGCUGUGUGUGUGUGUGUGUGUUGGGGGGGGGAGUGUUGUAGAUAGCAAACCAUGAAUAAAAAAACCCUGAACACAGCACUUGUCAAACAGGAUGAAAUUUGGCCUGGGAAGAAUGGGGGGUGGGUGGUUUGUCCAUGCCAUCUCGAACCUAAACAAAUAUUGUUGUCAAAAAGUAGGAAGAUAAUUGAAAUCGAGUAGAACUUCUUAUAGCCGUUUUUUUUUUUGGUGUGUUUCUGUAGGUUAAAGAAUUAGAGACAAAUCCAAGAGUUACAUCACAACAAACUGCUGAUGAAGGGGGAGCCAAAAGUGACACUAAACUGCUCAAGGUCAAAGCUCAAAUGACCAAUAAAAUUAAAGCACUUGAGAAGCAGCUACAGGAGUUAAAGGAAGUCAGUUACUGUUUUUUCAGAUUAUUAUUAUAAACAGUGAGGCAAAGUUAAUGAUUCUUCUUUCUUUUUUGUUAAAAUCUGAUCUCUUUGUUACUUCAGGAUCAAGACAAUUGUAGUUUGAUCAAAUUUAUUCUCAGAACAAACAGCCGGCAGAUGAAGUUGCAUCGCUGAAAAGCAGAAUAAAAGAACUAGAGGAUGAGAAGAGAGAUUUUGAAGAGAAGCUGGUGGAAUUCAAUGAAAAAUCAUCAACAAUAGGUAUUUCAUGUUCUGUUAAAAUAAGUUAUUGGGAACGAUAAAUGCAGAAUGUAAUUAAGUCAUCUGAAUAAGUCAUCAUCUUUAUUAUGUUUAAUGGUUAAGAAUUUUGAUGCUAACAUUUUUUCUUUUUUAAAAUCAACUUUUCAUCCCAGUGGAGCUUAGAGCACAGAUUGAAGAGCUGCAAGGAGUAGUGGACAUGGUUCAUGAUCAGAAAGAAACCCUUCAAAAAGAAAUUGAUGCCUUAAAGCAAGAAAACACGCAGCUCACCCAGACAGUCACAGACUUACAGGCAAUUCUUGACUCUGUAAGUUUUCUAAUUUUUUUAAAACUAAAGUAAAAAAUUUACCAAAUUUUGUUGUGCGUGUGCAAUUAAUUUUUCCAACUACUUAUUCCAAUUACUUACUAAAAGUAAUUUUAAAGAUUCAACAUGUCAUUUACGUUGUAACACAGGCUGAAGGAAGUCAAAUGCAAGAACUCCAAGAUGCUAAGACUGCCUUGAGAAAUUCUGAGAUUGAUAAACACAGUUUGCAAAAAGAAAUAGAAGAAUUGAAACAAAGAGUUGAUGACUAUGAACAACACAAGGAAGAGACUUUGGCGAAUUUGGUAUGUUAUAAGAGUUAUUGUUUUUAAUUUACUCAUAUGUCUUAUGUGCAUAAAAUGUAUUUUAAAAAAAGAAGAAAAUCUUCAGCUGUAAGAAAGAUAUUGGAAAAAUUUCAUGUAAUCUUUUAUGACUGCUUUUAAUCCAAAUAUCUUUGUUUUUUUUCCCAAAUUACAUUUCCUGUUAUAUAAUUGUAUUUUUGGGCAGUUAAUUACAUAAAGUGUAAAUGAUUUGUAAAUAUGCAUUUUUGUUUUAGAAAGAACAAGCGGAGAAAUUAAUAGCACUGGCGGCGGAAUCAAAAAAUCUUCACGCUGAGCUGGAAGUAAAAACUGCUAGACUUUCUGAACUUGAGAGGGAUAAAGCUCUGUAUGACAUUAAACUCUCAGAGAUCGAACAAGAGAAGCAAGGUUUGGAAUAGGCUUCAGAAUUAAAAAAUAAUAAUCAUAUCAGACAUUUGUGAAACUGCUGUGAGUUAAAGCAUUUUCUGAUAAUUCUAAACAAUGUUUAAGCAAUGAAAAGAAACAACAUUAACAUUAACUUUCCAUUGCAAGUUUGCAUAAUGUAAAUUUAAAACAAUUCUUUUUUUUAAAAAUAUAUAUUUUUAUAAUUCAGAGGCUUUUUAGGGAAAAAAUGAAUAUUGAAAUUGUUGAAUCCACCAGAUGAGUGAGAUCAUGUUUAUGUUUUGAAAUUUUAGGACUUGAACAGGAUAAAGCUGAACUGUUGCAAGAGCUGAGGGCUGCAAGGGAAAAGGCUGAUCAUGAGAAACAAAGCACCUCUGAGCUUGAAAGUGAAACUGGUGAUUUAAAGGUUAAAGUGAGUAUAAUAGUCAUUUUGUAUUAUAUCUUUGAUUAAACAUUCCCCCCCCCCCUCCCCUCAACAUUUGCAUCUUUUGAAAGUCACUGACAUUAACAAUGGAUAAAAUGUAUUGUAAAGUCAUUGUUUUAGGCUAUAAGACAAACCCUGAGUAAUAACCUCGAACACUGCAAUUGUCUAUAUAUUCUUAUAUGACACAUUAAAAAUAAAGGUUAGUGUCAAUGGAAGGAAAAUUAUCAUUAAAUGGGUUUAGUAAUUGAUCAUUAACUUGAGUGUACCAAAAUUUUUAUUAUGUGGAAGUUGGAUUUAAUUUUUAAAAAAAUCUUUGUUUGUUUUACAAAAUAAUACAAAACUCAUUUUUUUUUCUUGUUUCAUCUCCACAAGAUCUCAGAGCUGACAGCAGCGUUGUCAGGUGAACAGAACAUCAGCAAGGAACAGAAAGAGCAGAUUAACGAGUUGUUUUCAAAGUUAACUGCUCUUGAACUUCAACUGCAGGAAUCUGUUUCAAACUUGGAGAAGGUCAAAGAAGAGCUUUCAUCCGCUGAGCAGGAGAGAGUGAGUUCAAGAAGUUUUGUUUUUAAAAUUUUCUUGCUUUGAUAUGCUUUCAUAGAGCAUAGUUUUUACAACAGUUAUUCUCAUUUAUUAAUAAUUUCGAUAUAAGUUACAAGCUUGUUCACUAAGAUGAUUUUUAUCCUUCCUGAGACAGAUAUUUGAUAAGUGUGUUUAAGGAUUAAAUUGAAAUUUGCUAAAAUGGGAUGAAUAUGUUUAAUGCUUUAAAAUUCAGGGAUUGUUAGUUUGUACACCAAAUAUAAGCUAUUUGCACAAUUAUGGAUAUUCUAAUGUACUAAUGAGCUGCUAUCUAUUUUUUGUAAGACAUUAUCAGCCCUAAUAAUUUUAGGUACAUUAAUAUCAUCAUCAAAGCUUAAUUAUAAACGUUUGAUUGAAAGUCUAAUUCAAUCAAUUUAUUUCAACAGUAUUCUGUUACACCUGCACUUUGUGGGCAUGGCUGAUAAGGCUUUAAGAUAGUAAUGCUCACCUCUUUGUAAUUUCACGUAGCACUUGGUUUAGUGUUGAAUACAAGUAAAUUAAUGCAGUUUGCAAGCUGAAUUUUAUUUUAUUUGUUCUCUAAGUAUCAUAAAUAUAAUUUAUAUGCAUGAAUUUUGGGAUUCAUAUAGCAUUUAACCCAUGCCAAAACUAAUAUUAGUUUUCAUAAGCAGCACAGCAAAAAUGUAUUGACAAAAUAACAGCAUGCUUAGUUAAAUAUUGGUAUAAUUAAGUCAGAGUAGGGUUUAAAACAUGAUUCUCUUAUUUAAAUGAUGGAAAAAAAGAAGGUCAAAAUCUUCCACUUAUUUGACUUUGUAUGUGAAAUAAUCAAAAGUUCAAUCCAGUGAGGGUCAAUGUUAAAAUGUUUUUGGGGUUAAGAGUAACAGUGCAUGGAUGAUUGAGAUAAAAAUUAUUUUUAGUUGAAAAUUGGAUUUGAUAUUACUCAACAAUCAACAUCUUAUAAGCAAGGAUGAUGUAAACCUUUAAGCAUUCCCUGUUUUAGAAUCAUGUUUUAAGCCAUUUGUUGAUUUUUGAAACACUUAUAGUUUAUUUUUUUAAAGCCUUGUAAACUAAAGCUUCUAACCUAUCAUGAAAGGAGAUGUUAAAAAAGUGUUCUUCUACAUUUAUUAGUUUCUUCAAUAUUUUAGUUUCAGUUAACAGGCUUGUUGCUUCUCGUAUACAUUUAUUCCUUCUAUGAAAAAGCUGUUUGAUUUGUGUAAAACUGGGUUGUAGGAGAGACUCCUUUGUUUCAGGUGGCCAUCAAUGCCGAGCUACAGUCCUGUUCCACCAAAGCAGAUAUCUUACAGCAAGAGAAAGAAAAGAUCCUGGCCGAAAAGGUCAACCUUGAGGCUGACAGAGCAAGUUUACAAUCCGAUCUUGCAGUUGUUCGGUCAGAAUUGCUAGCUACGUCUCAACAGACGGCAUCCCUGAAAACUGAACUCCUUAGUGAGAUAGACAAUCUCCGGUCUCAGUUGGAGAAUCAGGCCAAAGAUCUCAGUGAUAAGUCUUCAUCCCUGGAGAAAUUCAUGGCUGAUCUCACCGCAGCAAACGAGGAGUUGAGAUCCCUGAAAGUGUCCUUGGAACAAAGUGGUGACCGCUGUAAGGAAUUUGAACUCCAGGUCAAACAGUUAAAAAGAGAACUGGAUGUGGCCAGGGAGGGUCAGAGUGAAAAGGGAAAGGAGCUGGAAGAGAAGACCACUUCUCUGCUCAAUCAGCUGUCAGAGCUUGAGUCUGAGCUCGCCUCUCAGCAAAAAUUGUCCUCCACCCAGCAAGCUACGAUCUCAGAAUUGUCUUUCCACUUGGAUGAAAGGAAAGAUGAGGUAGCUCUUGUAAACCAGCAGAUGGAAGAACUCAAACAUUCCCUUCAGCAUUCUCAGUUGACUGUGAUAGAGAAAGAUAAGGAAGCACAAACUUUAAAAGAUAGUGUUGAAGUAGAAACAAACUCAAAGUUAAGACUUGAGGAAAGUUUGGACCAAAUCUCUCAAAAAUGUAACUACUUUACAGAAGCACUUUCAGAGAAGGCAGCAUAUAUCAAACAAAUAGAGGAAGAUAAAAUUAGAACUAUUGAAUCUCUAAACAUAUCUCUAGUCUCUGUUCAAACUGAGCUAACAAGUGCCCAUGACAACAUCAGUCACUUGCAGUCUGUGAUAGAGAGUAAAGAGACUGAACUGAUGGUCCUUAAACAAAACUGUGACAGCCUCCAGCAACAAAUUUUGACACUAUCUUCAGAUUUAGACUCGUCCACCUCAAAACUUUUGGAGUUUAAAUCCAUCAACGAAUCCCUCCAGCAGCAGGUCGCAUCCUACAAUGAAAAGAUCACAACAAUGUCUUGUUCCAUUGAUGAAGAUUCUCAACAAACCCAAGAAAUUAUACAGAAACUGCAGGAUGAGAAAGCGUCAUCCCAUCAACAAGUCAUGUCUCUGGAAGCUGAAGUUGCUGCAGCUCGUAAUGCCUGUGCUGAUAAAGACUCUCAGCUUGUUUUACUGAAUGCAGCUCUGUCAGAACAAGAAAAGCGGGCCGACAGCCUACAAACAGCCCUGCAGAAAGUUCAAGCAGACAAGAGCCACUUGGACCAGCAGGUGAGGACUUUAUGUGAGAGUAAUCAGCUUGCCUUACAAGAUGUAUCCUAUCUUCAAACAUCACUUGACUCUAUACAGUUUGAUAAGCAUGCACUUCAAUCUUCUGUCGACACUCUAACUGCAUCUGUCCAUGAGAAGUCUUUGCAUGUACAGUCUCUUUCAGAUGAAUGCUGCAUGCUGGAGAAGUCUCUGUCUGAGGCAGACACCAAGUGUUCUGAACUCUCCCAUACAGUGGAGUCCUUGCAGUCAUCACUUGAUGACAUGCAUGCCCAGUGGUCCUCUAAGUGUGAAUGUUUUGACAGGUUACAGCUGUUGUACAACCAGCAGCUUCAAAAGCUAGAAACACUUGAGAGAGAUUCUCAACUAGCUAACGAAUCUGUUGAAACAUUGACCAGUAAGUUAGAGGAGGAGCACAACGGCUACCUGUCUGUUUUUGAAAAAUGCCGGCUACUUGAAACUGAUUUGGUUAGACUUAGUAGUGAAGUCUCUAGAUUAACAGAGUCACAUAUCUCUUUGCAAGAAGAGUUAAGUAAUUUAGAAUCAGAUUCUAAUAAAAGGGUUUCUUCAUUAAAUGAACAAGUUCUUCUCUUGACAUCUGAGCUCCAUCAGCAGAGAGCAACCAGUGCUGACCUCGGUCAUCAGCUGAAUGUUAGAAUGAAUGAACUUGUCAGCUUGCAGUCCUUGAAUGAGACACUAGAGACAAAGCUGAAUGAGAGACAUUCACAGUUGGAACUCCUGAUAGCAGACAUGGAAACCAAGUCACAAUCCACAGCUAGUUUAUCACUUGAGGUGCAUCAGUUGAAUUCAUCCAUGGAGGAUCUUAAGGCAAAGCUUGAUGCUUCAUCUAGAAAUGUCGACACUCUAAAAGUACUCCUGGAAGAAAAGACCAAUGAGGCAGCUGAUUUACUCUCACAACUCAAAACAUUGUCCUCUGACAAGUCAUUGCUGAUGGAACAGCUUGAAGUUAAGAGCAGUCAGCUAGAGGAAAAAAGCUCGCUGAUACUGGGAAAGGACACUGAUCUAGAUUCAAUGGCAGCUCAGCUCAUGGAACUGCAGGUGCAGCUCUCAGAAACCACCUCAAAUUUGACAAAAACUGGUUCACAGCUCAAUGACUUGCUGAUGCAGCUUAAAGAAAAAGAUCUCCUACUGAAUGAGCUGAACACAGUGUUGAGUGAAAAGAGUUCCCUACUAGACAGGGCAACCAAAGAACUAGAAAGUUUAGCAACUGAAAGAUCUGAUCUGAUAGUACAGCUGAAGGAGCAGAACAAUAAGUUGACAUCACUUUCAGUUACCCACGACCAAACACUUUUAGAUUUAGUCAAUUCUCAGGAUUUGUUGCAGCAAACUCAGAAAAAUUUAAAAGAGGCGAUAGGUUCUUCUGAAUCUGCCCAGCUCAACUUGAAAUCAGUCAGGCAGGUGCUGGAUGAAAAGGAGGCACUGUUUUCAAAGACUCUGGAACAACUGUCUCACUGUAAUAAGAUACUCCAAGACAAAGAAUUAGAAAUGAGCCAGUUAAAAGAAUCCUCCAGGCUGACCAUUGAAAACCUUAACCAGGAAAUCCAAACACAAAGUAACAAUCUCAUUAUUUCAAAAGAAGAUCUCAGCAGUAAAAUACAAGAAUUGAGCAAUGUGACCAGUGCCUAUGAGGCAUGUACCGAAGAGUUGCACAUGUUAAAUGAGAAGUUAGAGUCUACAGAGAGUGCCUUUACAUCUCUCAAGCUUCAAGCCAAAAACACCACCUGUGAUUUGGAACACACAGUAUCUGAACUAAAUCAGCAGAUCUUGUCGUAUCAAUCAAGUCUUUCAACAUCACAAAAAACUGUUGACACCCAUCUUAAAGAGAUCUUUGAGUUGAAAUCCCACCUGCAGAAUUCAGAGGCAAAGCACCAUGAUCAGGUUCAAGAACUAGAAUCAGUUCUGUCUGCCCUGAAAGCGUCAUAUGGGCAAGAAGUUGAGGAACUGAAAAGUUUAAACAAAGGUUCUCAUGAAGAACUUCUGUCUAAAGUGGAGAGCUAUAAAGCAGAUCUGAAUUCAGCCAGGACAUUGCUGGAAGAGAAGGAAGCUGAAAUUACAAAAAUUGAUAACCAAGUUUCAGAGCUGAAGGUUUCCUUACAGGAGAAAGAUACAGCGCUGCAUUUAUUACAAGAGAGAAAUGAAGCAACUGAGGCACAAAACUCUAUACUUCAUGAAGAGGUGAAGAAGACAGAAGAAGAUUUACACAGUCUAGUCACACAUUACAAUAAAAUCCAAUCAGAGCUGGAACUUGUGGUGUCCAAGCACAGAGAGGAGGAAGAACAAUUCUAUAGUUUAGUCAGCAAGCAUGAAGUUGUUGAACAACAGUUUGCAGAUCUAGUCAUAAAACAUGAUGAAGCACUGCUUGAAACUGCAAGGCUUCAAAAAGUCAUAGAAGACAGUGAAAAGGAGAAAGAUGGAAUUCAAGAACAGUACCAGCUGUCUGUAAAAAGCCAUGAAUUGCUGACUCAACAGUUGGAAGCAUUGAAUAAUGAAGUUACAGCUCUACGGGGCCAAUGCAGUGAUAAACAAGAUGAGCUGGUCUUGUGGACUGAAAAACACACAAGCGUCAGUGAGGAGUUAAGUGCAAUGAUUGGCAAGCAUAAUGAACUAGUUGAGGAGAACAAGAGAGUGUCUGAUCAGCUGUCUGCACUGGACGCUCAAGUGAUGAGACUCAGUCUUGAAAACGGUGCCUUACAGAGUGACUGUGUCACGAAACAAGAUCUUUGCGAGUCUUUGAAAUCAGAUCUUCAUCUACAGUUACAAGAGAAGGAGUUAUUAAUUUCAAACACAGCAUCAAAAUUGCACCAUUUGUGUGCCAGUAUAUCAGGAAUGAAUGCACAGGAAGUUCCUGUACAUUUUCCUGACUUGGAGCAGUAUUUAAAUGAAAAUAUUUUAUUAUUAAUUCAAAGUGUUGAAAAAAUGCAGCAGGAGACAGAGUGCCACAUGAAAGAGAUUGAAGAUCUGAAGAGUUCAUUUGGUGAUAAAGUAAGUACUCUGAAAGCCUUGGAAGAAAAGCACAGGAUAUUGAAAGCUGCUCAUGAGGAAGAACUAGGUGGGUUACAAUUUGAACUGGACAAGAUGCAGGCAGUACUUCAGAGAAAAGAUGAAGAGAUAAAAUUUCUUAAUGACACUGCUCAGCUAACGUCUGCUUCUAGUGAUGAGCAGAUAAAAAGUUUGAUGUCUCUCAAGGACAAUCUGGAGUCUAAAUUACGUGAACACAUUGAAAAAAUGAAUCAUCAGUCAUCUUUGGUAAACAGUUUAGAGAUAAAUCUUAAAGAAGAGAAGUUGUACUCUGAAGAAGUCCAGGCCAAGUUAGCUGAGAUGGACAAAAAUUGCCAAGACACAUGCAGUGAAUUACAACAGAUCAGAGAAGAACACAACAAAUUAAACAGAGAUUUUGAAGAGCUUUCUGAACAUUUAAAAGUUGCUGAAGAUGCUCUGAAAAUGGCAGAAGAAAAAAGCACAGCACAUUCCAAUGUCAUCGGUCAGCUUGAGUCAGAGCUGGCUAAAUCACUUUCCACCAUUGAUGAACUGAAAUCAAUCAUCAAGAGCAAAGAAGAUAUCAUCUGUGAUCUGAAAGAUAACCUCACCACUGCCUAUGCUGAGAGCACUGGAUUUGAAGAGGCCCUGGAGGCUGCCAACAAGAACAUUUACAGCUUGGAGUCUGAUAAUGCCCAACAGCAGAAGUCAUUGGAUCACUUGCAGAACAUGCUGGACAAUUUACAGAAAGAAAUGAAAGACAUGGUAGGGUCACUACAAGGUUCUGUGGCCGAGAACAAAGACAGAGUGUCUGUUUUGGAAGCUGACGUCUUCAAUAAAACAAACAUGAUAUCAAAUAUUCAGCAUGAAAUAGAUAUUAAAACUGGCCUGAUAACAGAUCUGGAGAAGCGGGUGGAAGGUCUGGAAAAUGAAAGAUCUGAACUUCUAAUUCAUUUGGAAGAAAAGGAGACAACCCUUAACAAAUCUAAACAAACAAUGGCAGAAAGAGAUGAUAGGAUUCAGAGUUUGUUGCAUACAUUGCAGGAGAUUUCUACAAGUCAUGACAACUUAAAGAACGAGUUUGAUGUAAAGCAGUGCAGUUUGAACACUAACCUAUCCAGCCUUAGUGCCUCCCAACAGAGAGUUUUAGAAUUAGAAGAAAUGGUUGAAAUUUAUUCACAAAAAUGUGCUACUGUUGAGGCAGAGUUGCUGAGCACCAAAGAAAGAGUUGUUUUGCUCGGAGAGAUAGCUGACACCUCCAAUAAAGAUAAUGAGGAACUUUUUGACAAAAACCACCAGCUCAGUUCGGAACUCCAAGAAAAAAUGGAACUUGUUGAAACUCUUAAGAAUGAUUUGAAACACACUGCACAUGAUUUGUCGGGAAAAGUAAUCUGUCUGGAAAAAAUGGAACAUGUUAUUCAAGAUACUACAGAAGAACUAGCAGUUAAAUCAGAAGAUCUUUUAAAUGUCAGACAGCAUCUUACAGAUGCAGAGAAUGUUUCUAAAAUUCUACAAUCUCAAAUGGACAGUCUUACCCACCAACUUGAAGUUGUUAUUGAGGAGAGAAAUGAAAAGCAAGAAGAGGUUCAGAAAUUUACAUUAGAGAACCAAGGCAUGGCUGAAAAACUUACAGAGACCAUGAACUUGCUGGAGGAGGAAACUCAGGCCAAGAGUAAGUUAAUGACCCAGUUAGAAGAAAUGCAGUGCAGGUUAGACAUAAAGCUAGAAACUUUUAGCAGCUUGGAGAAAUUGUUGAGUGACACCGCUUUGGAAUUAGAAAACAAAAUAAAAGAAUAUGAAAACAUUGCUGUACAAUUUCAAAAUAACAAGACCAAAUGCACAGAUUUGGAGGACUCUGUGAAUAACUUAAAUAUCAAUGUUGAAGUUCUAACAUCAGAGCUGACACUAAAACAACAGGCUCUGGAAUCAAUGGAAGCUUUGUAUAAAGACUCAAGCAAGGAAUUGCAGAGCAAAUAUAUUGAAUAUACAGAGCAAUAUAGGUCACUUGAGAGUGCCAAAAGAGAGUUGGAGGAAAGACUUGAAGAAAAUUCAGAAAAGUUGAAAAUCAAUUGUUCUAUCAUUGAAGACCUGAGCAGCAAAGUUGGUUCUCUAGAGCAAGAUCUCAAAAUAAAGACUUCUGAAUUAGAGAAUCAACAAAUGGAAAGAGAACAUCUUCAAGAGACUUUUAAAUCUCUUUCACAUGAACAGAUGAGUAUCGUCACUCGAUCUUCAGAGCUAACCGUAGAGCUUCUACAAAUGAAACAACAGCUAGAGGAGAAGGACACAAAUGUUAAUGAGCUUUCAAAUGAACUUCGGCAACAGAAUAAUGAAUUGAACUCCAGACACCAGCAGAUUGAAGAGUUGAAUAUUUUAAAGAACAAUCUAGAGCAGAAUGUAAUUAGUCAGGCUGCUACAAUUCAGAAAUUGCAAUCAGAUCUACAAGAUAUUUAUACAGAAUUACAAGAGAAACAAACUGAGUUAUUAGAAGUUCAGAAUGAGUUUUCCAACUGUAAAAAAGAUACUGAUGAAAAAAUAUCAUACUUCGAAGGGCUUACCUCAAAGUUACAAGAACAGCAAGAGCUAACAUUGAAAGAAAUGGAUCAGUACAUGAAAGAUCUAGCAGCUCACAGGCAGCAUAUAGAAGAGCUGAAGCAGGGCAUGUUAGACAAAGAUUUGCAGAUGCAGAUCUUACGAGAUGAUUUGAUAUCAGUGUCAACAAUGCAACAGUCUACUUUGUCUUCAACAUCAGUGCUCAGCACACAGGCUUUGGAGGCCUCCCGAAAACAGAUCAUACUUGAUGAGAGAUGUGCACUUCUGCAAAAUGAGGUGUUGGCAAAAACUGACGCAUUUCUGGAUUUAGAAGUGAAGUUAUCUGAAGCACUUGCCCAACUGACUAUAUCAAGUGAAAAUUUUGAUGCUAUGAGACUUGAACAUGACCUACUUCAAACUAAGCUAAAUGAGUUAAAAUGUGAGAAAUGUGAAUUAGAGAAUAUUGUUGAACUUUUGAGAAAAAGAGAAACAGAACUUCAAGACGAACUGGCAAAUUUGAAAGAAGAGAAAUGCAACGCUGAUGACAGAAUUGUUGAGAUGAGAAACAUGUUUGAUACAAAAAUCGAAGAAUAUGACGAAAACACUUCUCUCCUAAAGUCCGAUUUUGAAAUGAAGUCUUCAGAGCUGGAAGAUCUGAAAACUGCGCAUACCAAAAUGGCUGAAGACUAUCAGAUUUUAAUGAAAGAUUUUGAGACCAUAAAUCAAGCUCUGAAUUUGGAAAAAGAAACCAUCUCAGCCUUCAAUAAUAAAAUACAGGAGCUUAAUGAGGAGUGCUCAGCUUUGAAGGUUUUGCUACAAGAACAAGAGCAAACUAUUAAUCUGAAGCUGUCAGCCGUUGAGGACUUGGAGUCUCAGCUUCUUGCCGCUCUGAAUUUUGGAGAGGAAUCCCAGGCGGCUCUGACCAGCACCCGUGAUAAUCUGAACCAGGUGAGCCACGCAAGGGCAGAGUUGCAAGUACAAGUGAGUGAUCUUGAUAUUCUCAUUAAAGGUUUGCGGGAAGAACUAGACCUUAAAAGUCAAUCUUUUGCUUUGGUGGAGGAAUCUUUACAACAGGCCAACUCUGCUCUUGGAGAACAGAGAGAGAAGUCUGCAACUUCUCAGCAGGAACUUGCAGAUUCACUAUCCAGAUUGGAGGAGCUGAAGAUAUCAAAUAGCCAACUGUUGGAAAGACAAGGUAUGCUGAAGCAGAGCUUACAAGAAGUGCAAACCAAACUGACUGACUCUGAGAAAGACAACUCGCAGAUGAAGUCACUGAAUAUGGAAAAGGAAACUAGAAUAACAGAGCUGUUACAAGAAAUGAGUUUACUGAAUGGCACAGUACGAUCACUGUCUCAAGAGAAUGAAGUUGCACGCACAAGCACUGACGCACGGGAAAUCGAGCUUCAGGAAUUAAAGCAAGAUUUCAUUGCUAAAGAGAAAACAGUUUUGAGUUUACAGCAUCUUGUGGAUGAUCUCAGAUCUCAGCUAGAAAUACUAGAAAAGAACAACUGCAAUCUUGUAGAACAAAUGGAGAAGUCCACAAACGCUUUACAGGCUGAAAUUAAUUCACUAUAUAUUGACCUAGAAAAGUUUUCUGAGGAGAAACAGGAGCUUUUGGCUGAAAAUGAGACAUUGAAGAAUGCAACUGAUCUGCUAAACUCACAGCUAGAUCUGAAGGAGCAUGAAGUCCAGCACAUGAUUGAAGAAAGAAGUCACCUGGAAACAUCCAUGAAUUCAACAAUAGUAUCUCUGAGAUCUCAAGUCAACCAGCUUUCUGAAGAAAAGUUACAGACUGAAGAGGAAAAAAGGGUUAUUACAUCCUCAAUGCAAAGUGCUGCUGAUGUGCUAAGAUAUGAACUGGAGAGCUUGUCUGAAGAAAGGGCAAGGUUGCAGGAAGAGAGUAUCUCUGAAGUGAAAGAACUGAGAGAUGCUAUAUCAUCUUUACAUGAGAAAGUUGCCACCUUGUCCAAUGAAGUUUCUCAGUUAACCAGUGAGAACAGAGCACAGAAAGAAGCUGAGCAGAAACUUUUAGACAGCUUGCAGGAGAUCACAAAUGAAAGACUUUGUUUACAAGACAGAAAUAUGGAGUUGUUAGAUCUGGUCCAGAGCGCAGAAAAACACAAAUCUGAUCUUGAAGGCCAGAACUGUGAACUUAAUGAGAAUUUGAGCAUGUCCUCCACCAAACUGAAGCAGGUCACCUCUCAUUUACAGGACACGGUUGACCAUCUAAAAUCAUUUAUAACAGAGCAAAGUGCAAUCAUUACUGUCUUACAGGAGGAUUCAAUGAAGCAGCAGGACACAGAACACUCUCUGCUGGCCAUUGCUGCCUCCUCCAAGAAACUGAUUGUGGAUGGGAGGAAAAGGGUGGAGAUGUUACAUCAAGAAUUGGAUAAGGUCCUUGAGGAGAAGAGGGACCUCACCAAGCAGAAAGUCUCGCUGGAGCAACAACUGGAGGAGGUCACUGAUAUGUUCAAUGAGGUGUCAGAAGAGAAGUCCAAAGUUGAGAAGUCCUUGGGAGAAUCUGUUACUGAGCUUUAUGAAGCACUGGAUAAAGCAGAGAAGGAAUUAAUAGAAAGAGCAGAGGAGAUUAAGAAACUGCAGGAAGAACUGAGUUCAAGUACAGAACAUUUAUAUGAAAAGGAAAAAAUAAUUGACGAUGUUAAUGAAAGUUUAAGAAAACUCACUGCAGAGUUUGAUCAGUUUAGAUCUGACAAAGAAGAGGAAAUUAAAAGGGAGAGAGAAUCUAAUGAACUGCUGCAAUCCAAAAUAAGCCAGCUAAAUGCAGACAAGAAUGGGCUUAUACUCAAUCUGCAAACGAGAGAUGAAGAGUGUGAACUUUACAAGAGUAGUAUGCAAGAUCUCCACAUUCAGAUCAUGUCACUUGAACAAGAGCUGGAGAUUAACCUUGCCAGGCUCCAAGAGACACAGAAAUUAAAUGAAAUGACCAGAUUCGAGCUGGUUAACAUGCAGGUUGAAUUGGAAGAAAAAACUAAAGAACUUUUCAAAUACCAAGCUGAGAUGAUAUCUUGCCAGAGGGACCUGAAGCAAACAGAAAAUGCAUUAAGGGCUUCAGAGCUAGACAAUGCUAAACUGCAAGGUGAAACCCAAAGCACUAUAGCUUUGUUAAGUCAAGAAAGCAGCAAAGUCCAAGAAGUAUUGCAGAGUUAUUUAGAAGAGAUUUCAAUAUUAAAGAACUCAGUUGCUGAAAAAUCUGAGGAGCUUUUAAACUUGUACUCCCAGCAAGGGAUGCUCGCAUCACUUGCAGAAGAACUACAUGAAAAACUGUUUUCAAUGGAAACUCGUUACCUGCUUUUGGAGAGGGAAAUGUCUUCUCAAAGAACUUUAAACCUAAAAAAUACUUUUGAAAUGGAGGAGAAGCUGAAAUUGGCAGAUGAAGAACAUUACAAGAGACUGCAGGAACUGUCCCAACAAGCUGAAACAGAGUCCAAACGGAUGUACCAUCAAAUUUUUGAAAUGGAGAAACAGCUGGAAGAGAAGGAUGUGGAAUUAAGCACUUUAAGUGUUAGAUAUAACAGUGUCAAUGACUCCUUCAUGGAACUCUCAACAGAGCUCAAAGAUCUGAAGGACAUACUUCACGAGCACAAAAACUCACAUGUAGACACCGAAAAGAUCAUAGCGGCCCUGGAGAACAAACAUCAGGAAAAGGACUGCCUUGUUCGAGAGCUGAGCACCCAACUCAGGUCAUCCCACCAGCAUGUAGAAGCUGUGCAAAGUGAACUGGGUGAGUCCAUCUCAGAAAUCACUCGAAAGGGGAUUAUAAUCAGAGACCUGGAGUCCAAAGUUGAAAAUCUCAUCAAGGUUAAGGAGAAUGGUGACAAUGAGAUGAGCAACAUGAGAGAGUCAGUUAGAGAGUUGCAUAUGAUGGUGGACAUUCUGAAGGAGGAGAAACAAAAGAAUGACCAGACCCUGAGUCGGAACCUUGAGAAGGUCAACACAGCUCUUUUCGAAGAGAGGACAAAAAGUGGCAAGCUACAGAAAGGCAUGAGGGAGUUGAAAAACAACAUGUACAAGAUGAUGAAAGAGAGACAACAGGCUGAAGACAAUCUAUCAAAGAAAGCAGAAAAUCUCCAGCUUGCCGUCUCCAAACGAAGGUCUGAAAUUGAUGACCUCAGCACCAAUUUGGUCAAGAUUAAAUCUCUGCAAGAGAACGUCAAGUCUAAUUUAGAGGCUUAUAGAGCAGAAGAUGCUCAGACCAGAGAGAGUCUUCAAACCUCUAAAAAUGGCUUACUUGAAAAACUUUCUAAUUUUGACGAAACCAAGUCCAGUUUUAUCAAACUUAUAGAAGAGACAGCAGUGAACAAGUCAGUGCUUGAGUCGGCUAAAGAAGACCUGCUAAACAUCAGGGAAUCAUCUAAACUUUGUCACGAGACAUUGUCAGAUCUGCAACACAGGCUUAGAGAAGUGGUAGAAGAGAAUAAAAGCCUGAAUAAGGCAUUUGAUGAUCUGAGCAUGUCUCUCAGAGUGUUGCAGAGUUUACUCGAUGCAUCCCAAGAAGACCUCAAGUGUGAAACAGAGAAGCACAAAAGGGUGACUAAAGAGUUGAAAGAAAGCCUCGUAACCCAGCAGAAACUCCAUGAAGAGGUCAGCUGUAUUAGAUCUCAGCUUUCUGACACUCUAAAUAUUGUAGCCAAAGCUGAUGCCAAAUUGCAAGAGCAGGCCACCGUCAGUGAUCACUUGAGUAGUGAGCUGGAAGCCUUGUCCACCGAACAAACCGCCAGCCUCGUUCAGUAUAAACUGGAAAAGGAAGCUCUUGAAGCAGCGUGCGCAAGCUUGGAAGAGUCCUUGAUGAACGAAAAAAUACAGUCUGCAAGUUUAUGUGAAGAGCUCUUAAAGACUGUUGAGAAAUGUACUUUUCUUCAAGAAACAUCUGAAGCUGCCAGCACUCGGCUACAGGAACUGAAAAUAGCAUAUGAGCAUGAAGCUUAUGCAUUGGUUGAAACCAAAGAAAAACUGCAUGCAGCUACCACUUCACAUGAGAAACUAAAGACUGAAAUGUCCCUUACUCAUGAAACAUUAUCUCAGAGUGUUGAUGAGAGUUUAAAUAACUUGAAAGAAAAGGCCAAAGAAUUGUUGGAUCUUCAAGCUCUGCUCAUGUCGAAAGAAGAGGAAAUAUGUGCCUUUAAAGGUGUUGUAGAGAUGUUGAACAAGUCUAUGAAUGAAAAGGAUCAUCAGUUAGAGCUGCUGUUCAGUCUCUCACAAAGCAAACAAGAUGAAACAGCAGGAUUAGAAAGUUCUCUGUUGAAGAUAUGUAAGGAAAGGCAAUUGGUUUCAGUUGAACUUCAGGAAUUGCAAAAUCAGAUGUCAGCCCAGUUAACUACAAACCAUUCCCUGGAGAGUCAGUUGGCUGCACUUCAAGCAUUGCAACAUGAUCUAGAAACUAAACUUACUGAACAAGGUGCAAUGUGUAAGUCUUACUUAGAAGAAAAAAACAUUCUUGAGAAAUGUGUGGAUCAGCUCACAGAGAAGUUAGAAGCUCAGGAGAAUCAAGUUAUCAGUUUAAAACUUGAUGUUGAGAACUUUGGCUUGAUUAGGAUGGACAUGGAACAAUCUGUACUGGAGCUCAAUGAGGCGCUAUCAUUAAAAACUAAAGAAUUGGAAGCAAUUGAAAUCUUGAAAAGUUCUAAUUCAUUGGAAAAUGAACAUCUUCAAAAGAGACUUGAGAUCAAACAAGAGGAAUUUAUUCAGGCAUUGGAACAGUUGAUGACAGCAGAGGAAAGGUCAAAAGUUCUUGAGAAGCAAGUACAUGAUGUAGAGGCUGAGCUAAAUAGCUUCAGGGAGCAAGGGGAAGUCAGUUAUAACCAAUUAAAAUCUGAAGCUGAUGAAAUUCAAGAAGCAAAAAUAAAUCUGGAGAAACAGUUGCUGCAACUUGUCAAGGAGAAGGAACGUCUGCUCACAGAGCAUUCGCAAAAUCAAGAUGUUCUAUUAGCCAAGCAGCUAGAGCUGGAAGAGUCAAAUAAAACAAAGGACUUGGCUGUUGCUGAGUCAGAAAAUUGUCAUUUAACCCUAUCAGAACUUCAGAAUGAGAAAGCAUCUUUGGUCAAAUCUGUGAAUGAACUGAUUGAAAAGUUAGAGUCUUCAGAGAAUGGCUUACAGCGUUACCAAACAUUGUGUGAUGAAAUGAGCACACAACAUAACAGUGAAAGAGCUCUAUUGUUAGGUGAAGUGUCAUCAUUGAGGGAGAACACUGAAACUCUAUUAGCAGCAUUGAGCAACAUUCUGGAGGCCAAACGACAAGAAAAAAUAGAAUGCAAUAAACUUGUGUCAUCUGGUAAGGCAACUGAUGAACAGGUGCAGACUUUGAAGCAAACUCUUGCAGAUUCUGUGCAUGUUUUUGACUCUUGCCUGGCAUUUGUGAAUGAUGAAUUGAAAUGGAAACAAGGUGAAAAUUCUCAAAUUUGUGACAAUGGCCUUUCACCACAAGCACACAAUUUUGAAAGCAGAAAUAAUGAUGAAGAAGGGCAUACUGUCAGCUCAACUUCUCCCCCUAGAACCUUACUUGGUGAGGACUCGGUUGAUAAUUCUCCAAUGUCUUGGGUACAAGAUAGUGCCGACACCAGUUCACCUAAUACCUUCAGUUCUCUAAGAAUUACAUUUGAGCAUAAACUGAAGCAGGUAAGGAAAGGCUUUAGCAGCUUGUUUUCUGAAAAGUUAGCCCUGGAAAAGGAGCAGAAAAGUUUACUAAGCUUAUUGGAUGAAACUGUGACUGAAAGGGAAAGCACAGAGGUCCAGCUUCAGGUAACCAGAAAUGCCUGUGACUCCCUCCAAGAAGAGAUCACUGAGAUGAGCAAAGAGCUUCAGAGAUUCCAGACUGUCAUGGCAGAAAAAGAAGUUAGCACAGACCUGAUCAAUCAAGUCAAAGACACCUUUAAAAGAGAUGUUGAAGAACUUAAGGCCUCUCUGCUAGUCCUGUCUGAAGAAAGGGCCUUGGAGAAAAAAGAAAAGGACUUUGUGUUGGAGAUAUUGCAGGAAGCAGAAGAAAGAAACCAAAGCUUAGAGGCUGAAUUCAAUAUCGUAAAAUUGCAAUCAUCUAAGGAGACUGCAUCGCUAAAAGUUGCUCUGCUGACUAGUAAGAGCUUGUGUAAUGAUUUGAAGGAAGAAAUAGAACAACUAAAUCAAGAUUUGGACAGGUUGAAUUCAGUUCAGGAAACUUCAAGUGUCACAAAAGAGGAAAUGACCAAACGCAUGCUAGAGGUGGAAGAGGAGCUGAAAAUCAUGGAAAAUGAACUUGAAUGCAUGCAGAGACAAAAGGAAAAGGAUCAGAGAGAGUUUCAGGAAUUACUGACCCAGUCGGAGAAAGAGAAUCAGCUGUUAGAGAAGGAAAUAGUUGAACUGAAACAAACCAACUCUUUGAUUGAUGCUGAGAGGCUUAAACUCAGUCAACAGUUGGAGAUGUCUGUGGAAAAUAAUAAGCUUGAACUGGAAGCACUGACUCGAAAAAGCGAAGAACUAGAAAUGCAGGUCACGGCACUGAAUAGGGAUUUGAUGGCGGCAAGAGAUGCUAAUGUGUCACUUCAGAGUGAAUUGAGCAAAACUGAAGCUGAGGGCUCAGAGUCCAGGAAAGAACUUGAUAAGGUUUUAGCAGAAAAUAAACUGUGUCUUGAAAGGUUGAAAAACACAGAAGAUACCCUUGAUAUUUUACAAGGAGGUUUAUUAGAAAAAGAGAAGGAGAUUAAAGAUCUUCUGUGUAAAAAUCAGGGGCUAGAACUGACUCUAUUUAAUCAGGAGACUUCACUAGAAAAUCUUAAAACACAGGUAGCUUCAUUGCAGUCAUUCUCAGUAGCAGGUCAACCUUAUCACCCCUCCCAUUUUAUUUCCACAUCCUCAUCUUCUGAAUCUUUAUAUGCCUCCCCUAUAAGUUCUUGUGCAGGUAAUGGCUUUACAGUUGGAGAUGUCCAACAUUUUCAGGACUCCUUUCCCCAGGUUAAAGACUCAACAGCUCUCCACCUUAUGCCGAACCUAGAGACAGAGUUGAGGACAGCAGAAGGUACAUCUGGUGGGAGUUUUAACAGAGAAUCGGAGAUCCAGGUUUUGACAGUAGAGCUAGAAAAAGAGAAGGCCAUGUCAAUGUCCCUGGAGUCUGCUAUUUCUAAACUGAAAAUUGAUAUGCAGAAUGAGAAGGAAGCCAGGUUAGAGAUAGAAAAAAGUUUAAAGAAGAAGGAAAAGGUCAUUCAAGGCCUACACCUGAAGGCAAAAAAGGCUAGUAAGUUGGCAAAACAACACAUGGAUGCCAGUGCUGAGGAGGUCACAGAACAACUAGCAAAUAAGCAAGAAGAAGAUGUGUUUUUAUCCAUGUCUUGGUCUCAGGGUUCAGACGAACUCUCUGAUUUAACAGAAGAAAAAAGAGAAUUCAAGCAACUUUUGGCACAAUAUCAAAAAGUAGCAAUAGAGAGGGAUGCACUCAAGGAGCUGAUUGGUGAGAAAGAUAUUGAAAUAGUCCGUCUGCAAACUCGGUUUUAUGAUGCAGAACUUUAUUGGAAGGAAGUUGCAGAGCACCACCAACAAGAUACAUCUCAGCUGCUGGAGAAACUACAAAAGGAAGGGACCAUUUCCUCCGCUUUAUUUGAGAAAGAACAAGUUUUGGAAAAAGAGCUAGAGGUCACCACCACUGAGUUGAUGUCAACUUCUCAGAUGCUCAAAGAGACAAUGAAGUCUAACCUUACUGAGACAGAGCUCAUUACACAUUUACAGGAUAAGCUCAGUGAAUUCAUGUCUCUAAACAGCCAGCAUCAAGAAACAAUAUCAUAUCUUGAAAAAAUGCUUGAAGAGAAGGCUGCAGAGGUGGGCAAGCUUCAAAAUGAUGUCACUUUAGCACUCAGGGAUAUUCAGUCCCAACAGAAAGAAAUGGCUAGCUUAAAAUUAGCAAACAGUGUUGAAAUAGACAGGUUGCAGUUUGAAGUCAGAAAUCUUGAGUCGCAAACACACAAUCUCAAAGAAAACCUCAGGGUUUUUGAAAUGGAGCGACAAGGCAGAAGCAGCCAUGUUGAAAUUUUCACAGCACGUUGUCAAGAACUGGAGUCAUCUUUGCAGGAGGAAAGAAGUCAAGCUGAAAAACUGAAAACAGAAAUCAUUGAGAGGGAUAACAAGAUCAGUGUUAUGGAAAGUGUCAUGAAGGAAAUGUAUGGCACCCAGGAUGAAACGAGUACCAGAAUCGGGCUGCUUAACUCUGAUCUCACAGCCCUGAAGUCUGAGCUUGAUGAUCAUAAAUCACAAAAAGAUGAGCUGUUGAAAACUCUAAAAAAGAAAGAUGCUAAAAUUUUGGCGUUGACCAAAAGAAUCAAUUCUUCCACACCAAAGAAAGAAAAAAAUGCACCCACUCUAGAUGCAUCAGUUAGCAAGGAGAUAAAAGAAGAGGCUGAACCAAAAACUCCUGUACCAAGCCCUACUUUUGGUGAGAGUGGCUCCCCUUUUAGUUCUGCUCUAGUACAUCAACAGGAAGUGGAGACAUAUAAAAGUGAAGUCUCUGGCCUCAGGAAGCUCCUGAAAAAGAAAGAUGCCCAGCUGCUGUCUAUAAAUAAAAAGUUGAAAUCUCUCCAAGCAGAGCAUGGGAAAUUAUCAUCAGCCACCAGUGUGGAGUCAGUAGCAGAUACCUCAGGAAGGUUAUCGGUCUUAUCUUUUGGUGACAGUAGAUCAACUGUGUACACUGAUGAUGUGCUUGAACUGAAUGACAAACUGAGGCAAACAGAGCUCUACAAGGAAUCUUUAGAAGCUCAAAUUCGUGAACUUGAAAUUGAACUUGAUAACUCCAAAGAGGAAAUGCUAAACUUGCGUCAUGAGUUUGAGGACCUUCAGGAGGAACUCCAUUUUGUUACGAGAGACAAGCGAGCUCUUGAAAACUGCAUCUUUGAUAUUCGGGACAUGGUCAACUCACAUGCAAUAGAUCAGUAUGCUGGUGAAGACCUGCUGUACUCAACAGCUGAGUCUGUCAGACUUUUAGUAGAAGAGAAAUUCACUGCAGAAAAACAUUUAUCUGAGCUGGAAGGCUGGGUUGGCAAAGUAGAAAAAGACAAAGAUGAAAACUCUAAUCAGCUUAGUGAAUCCAGGGAAGCAAUUUUAAGACUGGAAUCUGAGCUGGAUCAGGUUAACCAAAGGAACAGGCAAACUUUGAGUCUCUAUGAACAAACUCUUGCAGUUAAAACCGAAAUGGAAAAAGACUUGGAGUCUUUGAAAAAUCACAACUCCAAAAUUGUUGGAGAGAAAGAAGAACUAGAGAACUUGCUUAUGGAAUCUACGGCCACCAUACAAAAAUUAACUCAAGAGAUGGACAUUUUGAGACAUGAAAGAGACGUCUUACAGCAUGAAAUAAAUUCAUCAAAUGAGUCGUACACACUGCAGUUUAGUGCAUCAAACCAGGCUCAUGAAAACCAAAUACAAAACAUAUCUAAACAACUUCAUCACGUCCUUGAGGAGAAAGAAGAACUGGCCACACAGCUGGGUGCUUAUUAUGAUCAGGUCAUCAACUACCAAGGUGCUCAGAAAUCAUCAGAAGAGUACGUAACUCAGCUGCACAACAAGAUAAAGGAGGCAGAAGAGUUUUAUGACAGCAAAACCAAAGAAAUUUCCAGACAGCUGGAAGAUGCUGAAGGAACGAUUGCCACUUUACUCCAAGGAAAGAAAGAGCAGCAGGACAUUGUGCAGGCUAAUCAAGACUCGAAUAAAAUAUUGCAAUCCAAAUUGGAAUCUUUAGAGGGAAUGAUGUCAUCUUCAUUGGAGGAAAAGGAAUCAAUGGUUAUUUCACUCUCCUCCCAUUUGGCAGAAUCUGAAACAAGGGUUAGUGAUCUGAGAAUAAUGCUAAAAAAUAAAGAGGCUAAACUGUUGUCUCUGUCCACCCAGCAUGAUGAGCUGGCCAUUCAGUAUGAGAAAGUGCAGAACCAGAUCCUCAAGACAGAUCAUGAGAACCACUCUUUGAAAGAGCAGCUGAGCCAUCAGCAAGGUCUGGUAGAACAGUAUGCUUUAGAUUUAAAGACUCUAAAUGAUUCAGUCAAAUACUAUCAGGAUAUUAAUCUGGAACUUAAUAUUGAAAAUACCAGUCUCAGAGAUCAGAGGGAUCAGGCACAAGUACUGUGGUCUCAAGGAACAGAGCAAAAUCAGUCACUCAAAGAGCAGUUAGAAUAUCAACAAAGUGUUGUUCAACAAAAAAGUGAAGAAAACCAUUAUCUCAAUGAGCAAUUAGAAAUUCAUAAACAAUCCAUCACCAGGCUAGAAGAGGAGCUUGUGGUUUCCAAGGAGUCCUUAAAAACUAUUUCAGAUCAGAAUUUCAAUUUUCAGCAGUUGUUGGCAGAAAAUACAGAAAAGCUGCAGAAUUUCUCUGAGCAGGUGACAUCUCUCUAUAGAAUAUUUGAGAUUAAUGAUUGUUCAUUCUCUGACUUGUUCCAUAAACUUGAGGAUCUGUCAGCACAGGCCUCAGUGGUAGGAAACCUUGAAGAAAAUACACUGUCUCUACAGAAUGAACUUGCAGCCAAAUCCCAAGUUAUGUUGUCCUUAGAGCAACAACUUUUUACUCUACAGACAACAUCCUUAGAACAAAUUCAGAAGCUGGAGCAAGAAAUCGCUGGAUUGAAGUUUGAACUCUCAAUAAAAGAAAGUGAGUCAGCUGCAGCAGUCAACCUUGAAGAGCAGCUCCGUCAUGUACAGCAAGAUCUGGUGUCGAGCCAGCAGAGUCACUCACUUCUGAUGCAAAAGGUAACAGAAGACAACAGCCGGCUGCAAAAUGAAAGACAUGUAUUAAUGUCAGAGAAGGACAGUCUAUCACAAAAUGUGCUAAAUCUUGAGAAGAAUCUUAACGAGAGUAGAGUGAAAAUUGAGAAAUAUGAGCAGGAUAUUCGGAAUUAUGAGAACAUCUUGAAGACAAGUGAAUCUGAGAUUGAACAACUCCGUCAUCAAAUUUCUCAAGGAAGUGAUGCCAAUGCUCAGCAAGCAGGUUUAUUAACUUACUCACUUGCUGAAGAGCAAAGAAGGGUCCUUGAACUCUCUGCCCAACUAGAUCAGAUGAAGCUUGAUCUUCAUGGAAAAGAUGAAUACAUUCAUGGGUUAACAAAUGAAAUGGAAACAUCAAAGAAUGAAAUGUCCAAUUUGGCAGAUCAACUGAGGCAGUCUGAAGAUAGUGUUGUUAAUUUAACAAGUCAGCUGUACAUAUUACAACAGCAGAUGGAGCCACUGAAGGCUGAUGCUACUAAUAAAGAUGAAGACAUCUUAAGAUUAUCAAAUGAGCUAGAAAAUGGGAAUAUGGAAUUAUCAUCACUUGCAGAUCAGCUAAGACAAGCUGAAAAUACUCUCUUAACUCUUACUCAUGAACAUAACAUAUUGCAAAAACACUAUGAUGAAGCCCUAAAGAAAAUAAAUAGGUUAGAAAACCAUGAUAUGGAUCUUGAGAAAAAGAUUGAAGAGCUGCAAUCGAAGGACCAAAAUCAAUUAGAGAUGAGUGGGUCUGGUGAUCCAACUCUUAUAUCAGUCGAUGCCAUGCAGAGUGUCAAAGAUCAGGUCUCUGACCUUGCUGACCACCUCCAUAAAACGGAACAUUCUGUUUUAACUCUGACAUAUGAGCGUGACUCAUUUAAACAACAAUUUGAGGAGUCUCAAGAAAAAAUCUCCAGUCUUGAAAACCAGAACUUUGAGAUGAAACAUGAAAUAUUACAGUUUCAAACUGCCAAAACUCCACCAGAGGAAGGACUAUUUAACAGUGAACCUGUUCUUCACCAAGAGACCAUUGUCUCGAAAUCUGGUGAUGGCACAAAAGUGGAUCAGAGGUUAUCCGAGCUCAUAGAGAAAACAAAAUCAAUGCAAAAAUUGUUAAAGAAAAAAGAUGCUAAAAUUGCCUCACUGACCAAAAAACUGGAUCAAGCAGAGCUUGAAGUAAGACGCUUAAGUUCACAAGACCUGGCAUCAGCAAGUCUAGGGAUCGAUUCCUUCAUGCAUCAUGGAACAACUAACUCUGAGUCUACAACUUCACAACAGUCUUUCAUUUCUCAAGAUACACAGUUACCUGAGCAAGCAUCUGUGUCCUCAUCUGCUACCAGUGUGGAAACACCAGCUGAGAUCAUCUCUGACGCAAAUGUAACCAACCAAGCGGCUCUAGAAGCAGAAAUAUACAGGCUCCAGGCCUGGGUUGAGUACCUUCAGCAGCAGGUUCAGAAUGGAGAGUACUCCCUGCAGCAGGCUCAGGCAGAGAUCAGUACACUGAGAAAUACAAUUCAGCAGCUUCCCCACCAAAUCAUCAUUCAAGAUGAUUCCUCGCCUGAAUCCAGUGCCUAUUUGUCAGAAAUGGAGGCUAGAAUUUCUGAACUUGAGGGCAGAAAUAAGAUGCUGGAGGAGCAAUGGAAUGCCAGCUCCCUACAUGUAAGAACCAUACAGGUUUUAACUUGUGGGUUGCCACAUGGUUGUGAUUGUCACACUAUACUGAAUACAUCCAUGUUAGCCAUACCUUUGCCUUUGUUGAUAUCUUCAAUGUGACUUUGGUUUAGCUGUGAACCUAAUGUUGUAAAACAGUCAAGCUAAAACAUAAUAUUUUUUAUUUAAAUUUUAAUGUCUUUAAUCACAUACACAGUGCAAAUAUUUUUUAAUGUAAUGCAUGACAAAGUUACAAUCAAUGGCUAGCCAAAGUCACAUUUUAGAUUUAAAUUUUACUAGGAAUUAUUAUUUACUGCUGCACUAAUGUUACUACAAUUUCAGCUUCUUUUUUGGCUAGUUUACUAGCAAUAAUUACUUACAAAUUAUAUGCUUAUCAUUAGCCUUGCCUUUAAAAGCCUUAACUAACAGGAUUUAUCUUGCUUUUUGUCUUUUUAUUAACAAUUUUUAUUGUAUCAGCAGUUCUAAAAAAAGUAAUUACAGAAAGGAAAGCAUAUAGUUUUGAAAGCACCAUUCAUUUAUAGCCUGAGUAAAAAAAAUGUUUUAGCUUGUUCUGCAAACAGAAGAGAAACAUCUAUUUUUUCUAAUAGAAUUUAAUCAUUGCAUACAAAUUAUUUGUUAAAUAAAAAUUUUUGAAAAAUAUUUCUAAACAAAAUUAAAUAAUGAAAUAGGAAAAUUAUAAUUUUUACUUCCUUAUUAAACCUAAUUUACUUUAAAAAAGAAAGUUAAUUUUUUUAUAUACUAUAAAGUUGCACCGUCUUGUAAACUGCUUAGAAUCAACGUGGCAUGGUCAAUAAAUUUGAAUAAAAUUAAUCAGAUCCGCAUUCCUUUUGAGUUCCCCCACCCCACUGCUUAUGUAGUCGUUAAUGGGUGUGUCUUUCCUUAUCUAUUAAACAACCCAACCUAGUGCUGAAAGUAUUUGAAGAUUAAAAUAAACUUUGCUCUUUAAAAACAAACAAAAAUGUGAACUUAUGGAGAGCUGACUGAAGAGCUCUAACAGUAUUAUAAUUUUAAACAAUGUGGAUAGUUUAGAUAAAAGUUUGCACUCUAGGUUUACGCUUGUUUUCACAAGCCUGCAUGUCAGCCAGCCAUUGGAAGUUUACUGCAUGUUUUUGUGUGUGUAAUGUAAUCGCUGAGUAUUUGAGUAAAGAUAGAAUGUGAAUCUUUAAAUUUGUGUUGUAGUUUCAAUGAAAUUUUCUGACAAGAGAACUAGGUAUCUUAAAAUAUUUACAUAUUACAUAAUUUUCUACUCAAGGCAUUGAUUUCUCGUGUGCUUUUCACCUGCAGAAAUCAGAAAAUAUAACAUAAAUAGAUCUUAGCUUAUCCAUUGAAAAAUGUCCUUUUUAAAAAGAAAUUGUAAUUGGUUUGGUUAUUUAGUUGUUUCAAUCUUGCAAUUAUAGUGCAGUUUGGGAUUGUAUAUGACUAUAAGUUUAAAAAAAAUUAAUUGUUUUAUUAUAAAUUAUAAUAUUCUAAUUUCAGCUGUAAUUAAUCUGUGCAUUAAACUAAUGCAGAAAUGCAAUUUUUAUUUUACCAAAAAUUAGCUCCAUCCAAUUUUUUCCUAUAUAUUAAAAAAAAAAAAUAUUUUUUUUACUUACAUAGAUGUAGUAAAGGGAAGGAAAAAAUCAUGUUUUAACCUGUUUAAUUUUGUUUUCCUUUUUGCCUUGUUGUGGAAUUCUUGAGUUGAUAUUUUAUUUAACAAUUUGAUUGCUCAUAAUGUUGUGUUCCCAUUUAAAAUCUUUACAAUUAAAAGAUAAUGAUCAUAAAGAUGCUUCAUUUCAGAAAAUCUUAAUACUUUUUGGUAUCACUGAUUUCAUAGUAAAGCUUAAAGAGCUAACCUAUUUUAUUAUGCAACACUGGUUGUUUUCAGUAGAAGUGACAUAUCAUUAAACUUACUCUGAUAUUUACAAUCACAGACAGACUGAAUUCUCUGACCCAUAUAAUCUAUAACAGACUAAUUUUUUUUAAAGUAAAUUGAUUUUAUAAUUGCUUAUAAUUACCAAUAUAUUAUAGAUUUUUUUUUACGCUUAGCUCUAUCAAUAUAUAGGGCCUGUCAAAUUUUGUCUUUCAAGCACGCUAACAGUGCACUUCGUGAUGACAAUGUUUUUUUGUUUCUUGUUUGUUAUGUUGUUUGUUAAGCAACAUAUUUUAAUAUAGUUCCAACUCUUUAACUGGUUCUUGCAUGUUUUUAUUUUACAAUAUGUCUAAUAUUUACUAUCACCAUAAGCUUUUUGGUCACCACAUUAACAUUUAUUUUAUUGGUGAACAGGAAUCUAUGCUUCUAUGUAUGAUCUUCUUUUGAGCUUAGCUUACAAUUGCAAUGGUAGAAAUUUUAUCAAAUAACAAUAUUAUUUUAUAGUUGAUUUCUUUGGAAAGGCAAAGCCUCUUAAUAAUUCAGUUAACACUAAAAUAAAAUAGCACUUAAGAGUAUAUGAAAAAUAAAAUACCUCAGCGUUUUAAAGUAACUAAAGUUUGUGCCAAAGUUAUAGUAUCUUUCGUAAAUAUUCUGAAAGCCUAUUCUGAUUUUUUCAUCCAUUUCUGUUUUUCUUAGGUGUCGACAUUAGAACAAAACAUUCUGGACAUCUCCAACCAGGCUCAAAGCUAUGCUACAGCUGCUGAGGAGGCUCAGGGUAAACUUCAGGCUUUGGAAGAAGACAAGAAGGUUAAAGAAUCAAGAUUCCUGCAACUGAUCACAGCGUUAAGUGAUUCUGAAUCGGGAAUGAGGCAGCUUGAAAGUACACUCAAUUUUGGUGCAGAAGAAAACUCAGAACUUGAAAUUCAAGUCAACAAGCUUCAAACACAGUUCAAGCUGGAGAAGGAGUUGAAAGAGUCUUUGGAGAUUAGGCUGGCCACCAUCCAAACACAGCUUGAGGCUGAACAGGAAUCAAAGAUCACACUAGAGAAAUUGCUGACAGAGAGUGAAGAUCACAAAAAGUCCAUAGAACACAAGGUCACCCACCUAGAGAUGAACAACUUGGAGAAUUUAGAGAAAUUGGCAGAGCUCAGUGAAGACUAUGAAGCACAGAUCACAUCACUCAAAGAGCAGCUAACGUUGGCUGACUCUGAGAGAAUGGAACUAAAGCACAACGUGGAGAGAGUUAAAGCACAGGCGGAAAUGUCCAGCAUGCUUGUAGAGAAGCUUCAAAGUUCAUCCUCCGAUAAAGAACAAGAAACCAUUCAACAACUGAUGGCCAAGACUGAAGAGGUCACCCAGCUUCAACAGCAGCUGGAGCUAAUAUCUAUUGAAAGAGAUGAAUUAAAAGCCAAAAUUGUCAGCGCAGAGCAGAAUGUUAGCCAUCUUCAGGAUGAAUUACACAAUAGCAGAAACCUUCAGGACACUUUGACAUCCUCUAAACAAUCUCUCGAAGCUGAGCUUGCUUCCAAAAUCUCUGAGCUCCAACAGCUAAGAGAAGAAGCAGAGUCAUUUACGGCUGUACAGGAAAUUCUUGCCCAGAGAACCAAAGAACUGCAAGAUCAGUCUGAAGAAGUUUCAAAUCUCCAACAGCAAAUUUCAAGUUUGCAAGUAGAUGUUGCAAAACUUCAAAUUUUAGAAGAGCAAGUGACCAACUUGCAGUCCCAAAAUGAAAGACUUUCAGGGCUUUUGCAUAACAACAAUGAUGAUGUCACUGCUUUGCAGUCCAGAUUUUUGGAAUUAGAGGAGGAGAAGUUAUCAUUAUCAUCAAGGUUAAAAGAAAUGGAGGAAAUACAUGAAGCGGUUGUUACCAGAAGUGAGACACUUUCAAUAGAAAACAAUAGACUCCUGAAGGAGCUACAAAAUGUUUCUGAAAACUGUACAUCUAUAGCCCAUGAAUCAACUGAGUUAAAGAGGGCAAUUGCAGACAACGAAAUCACUAUUCAGUCCAAGUUGUCAGAAGCUCAAGACUUUAUGAGUGCCUUAAUUGAGAGGGAGUCACAGCUUGCGGAAAAAGAUUCUGCUCUGCAAGAAAAAUGUAAAGAGUUAGAAACGUUGGGCUCAACUAGGGACAAACUUUUGGAAGAGGUAAGUACAGUUAUUUUAUUUAUAGUAGUAUAAAAUAUUUUCCAGUAAACAUGAAAGUUAUAUCAAUCAUAGUGUUUAUUUUUUUUUUUAUUUGAAUUUGUAGGUGUUAAAAAUUGGUGUUGACUUCAUACAAAAUGCAUGAUAAUUCAUUAUCAAAUCUUAUGAAGAAAGGUUGUUUUAACAUGGGGCAGGUUUAAUUAAUUUUGUAAUUAAAUAGUUCACAGCUUAAUGAAGAAUUCCUUGAUUGCCCAGGGUGUUUUUAUAAUUUAAUUUUAAAAACAUGCAUUUUUAUUAGAAACUUUUGAGGCUCCAGUAUAUUCCAGGAUCAUUUUGAUGCAGCCUGGCAGCUCAGUAGCCUAAACUCACCCUAUUCCUUAGAUUCAGUUUUCUUGUCACCUGUUUAAAAUAAUUGCAUUAUUAAUACUAUGUAGCCUAGUUUCUUGGCAUAAAUGUAAAUAAAAUAUCAUGCAACAAAAUAUUUGCUCAUGCAUUUUUUAAAUAUUAAUAAAUUCUGCAUUUUUCAGAAGCAUAAAAAAAGAGUACAUUUCCAGACUUUUCUGUCAUUUUGAUUUAAAUGCAAAGCCCUGAGUUAAGACACAAUUAUGAACUUGAUGUUACGAAAUAUUGGAAAAUGUUUUUUUAUGUAUUUAUUUGUAGCUUGAGCUGAAUAAAAUUUUGUUACCUCCUUAUUUUUAAGAUGGAGCUUCUCUUAUAAGUUGUUGCAAAGGAAAAUAUGAACAAAUAUUAACUUAAUAAAGUCCCACUGAAUAUAGUCAAUUAUGGAGAUCAGCCAAUUAUGGAGAUCAGUCAAUUGUGGAGAUCAGUCAAUUGAGGAAUAUGGUCAAUUAUGGAAUAUAGUCUUUUGGAAUAUAUUCAGCUAUGUAGUUCAGUCAAUUAUGGAAUAUACUCAAUUAUGGAGUUCUGGUGUAGUCAAUUAUGGAAAUACAUUAUUGAGCCUAUCAUAACCAGAAAAUCAUAAAUGGAACAUUUUUGUUUAUGAUUAUUUUAUUUAUUUCCAGAUUCAGACUUUCUCAGCAUCAAUUGCAGGAAAGGACCAGAAAAUCCAUUCUCUCCUAGAAAACAUGCAAGAAAUGGAAGCGCGUUUGGUGCAGCUAGAAGAGCAACAGGCCAGUCAGUCUGAGACAGAAAAGCAGCAGCAGAUAUUGCAGGGCCAGGGUGACUUGGAGACUUUAAAAACAGCUCUUGCCGAGAAGGAGAAGGCUUACGCUGAUAAAGAACUCAUGGCCAAGAAAGCUCUUGCCACUGCCAAAAAGCUCAAGUUCCAGCUGACACAGGCCAACAGUAGCCUUGAGGAAGCCAAAGUUGAAAUCACCAAGUUGAACUCAGAAAAAUUAACCCUGGAGACCCAGCUGUCCUCACAUUCAGCUGAUACAUCAGGGAUAAUUUCAGAUCAAUCCCAGUCUGUGCUUGACGUAACUUUGGUUGAAAGUACUGAAAUUAGUACUGGUAUUUCUGGGGAUACAUCCUUGAACUUAACCUCUGAAUCAACUGAAGGAAAGGUUUCACUGGAGUUGCAGAGCCUUCAGUUGCAAAUUGCUACAUACAAAGAAUGCUGCAACCAGCUUCAGGAGCAGGUUCAAACAUUGACAGAGGCUGCCUUUGAUAAUGAAUCGAAGCUUAAGAAGAAACAGAAUGAGAUUGAUCAACUUGAAGGGGUUAAAGAAGGCCUGAAGUUAACUGUGAUCGAGGUUGAGUCUGCGUAUGAGAAACUCCAGCAGGAGAUGGAAGCAGCUCAGGAGGAUUUCCUUACUUCUAAAGAAGCCAUGGAAAAGAAGUGUGUCAUUUUAGAAGAGCAGGCGCAGCAGUGGAAGUCUUUUGUUGAGAACCUGCAGCAAGAGAUGACUGCAAAAGACCACAGGAUACAACAGAUGAAUGAGGAACUCCACACAUUACACUCUGAUCACAAAGAAACCACACAGUUGAAGAUGGCUUUGGAAGAAAAGGAAGAGAAUAUAAUGGAGAUGAUGGCAAAGAUAGAACAUUUGCAGGAGACAUUAACCAGAGAGUCUCAGAAUACAGAAGAACUAGGGCAGGUUUUGAAGGCAGCUGAAGAGACAAUUGCAAACCAGAAUACAUACAGAGAUGAACAGGAAAGAACCCCAGUGUCCCAGUCAUUGCAGUCAUUGUCUCAUUUACAAGGCUUCAUUGAUGAGAAAGAUUCUGAAAUAAAAGAGCUGCGGGAGUGCCUCUUGAAGCAGAAAGCAGAUUUUGAGCUGAGGGAGCAAAGCCUUCUGUCUCAAAUCACAGGGCUUGAUCGUCAGAUAGAGGAACACAAAAACCAGUUUGUGGAGAUGACAGAUCAUCUUGAUGAGGCCCAGAGGACCAAGGAAGAGAUGUGGGCUCAUGCUGAAAGUCUUAGGCAGCAAAUGAGAGAGCAGGGUGUCCAAAUAGCUGAGCUCAACAGCAUGGUUGACUCACUCAGACUGCAGGUUGAAGAAUCCCAUGGGUUACAACAAACCUCAAGUGAUGAUGAGCUAAAAUCACUUCAGUCUGCUCUUGCUGGGUUCCAGCAACAGGUUGAAGAUCAGAGACUCAUCAUUAGCCAAAUGGAGCAGAAAAUAGGACAGGAACUUGUGGAUGACCAGGCAGUAACCACAGAUGCACUGAUGGUCCCCAGUGAACCCGCUGUGGACCUUAGCGUGAAACUUGAAAGUUAUCAACAAAUAGUCGAGGAGCUGAAUCAAGAGAUUCUGUCAUUGAGAAAGGAUAAAGAAAACAUUGUGCAAGAAUGUUCAGAAGUGGACUUUGAGGAUCUGAAAAGAAGACUUGAAAGUAUUUCACUGGAAAAAGCGUCCUUGGAGGAGGAGAGAGACCAGCUGAGGCUCGACCUGGAUGGUCAGUUGGAUAUUGCCAAAAGAAUGCAAGAUGUGGUAACUGACAAGCUAGGCCAAGUGCAAAACUUACAAGCAGCAUAUGAGAAACUUCAGUCUCAUAUGGAAGCUUUGUCCUCAGAAAAGGAACAACAUCUAACAGUCAUAGAUACCUUAAGGGGGGAGAUUGAGGGAUUAGAGCAAGUGAUAGCUGAAAACCAGUUUGCAGAGGCUGCUGCUAAAUCAGAUCUGAAUAAAGUACAAGCUGAGAGGGACCAGCUGAUUGUUGAAGUAGAAAAUUUGAAGAAGGAAUCAGAAAACUUGAGGCAGAAGUUGGAACACUGGCAGGAAACUAAUACAUCGUUCUCUGAUAUGUCAUUCAAUACAUCCCUGGCAGAGGAACAGAAACAAUGGAGUCGGUCCGUUGCUGUAGGCAAGGCUGAAACUGUUUCAGAAAGUCUCCAGAAAUCAGCUGAUGGAUCCCCGAGCAAAGAGCAGCCCACAGAACAGAAGUUGAAGCAAACAGAGGCUAGUUUGCAACAGCUCCAAGUGCAGUAUGAAAAAACAAAAAGUCGACUUCAGGUUACAGAGGUCAAGUGUGAGAAGAUGCUUGUUAAACUCAAGGCUUUUAAGGAUAAGAAUGAUAAACUACAGAUUCAGGUGAGUGGUGCUUGGUGUUGUUUAACUAGAAAAUAGCCCAUGUCUUUCACGUACCGGUACAUAGAACUGUAACAGCCCAGAGUUUUUUUUAUUUUAAAAAAUGCAACUGUUUCUUUUGACAGAGACAUAUUUGUAACUUGUAUGCAAUAUAUCUGAUAUUCAUUCUUUUGGAUGGUUAUUUUAAUGUGGACUUUUCUCAUUUGUAAACAUCAAGUUAAAAUAAAGAUUCCUUUUACUAAAGAAACUUGCAUUUUUUAACACGGUACUUAGAAAUAAAGAUGUAAUUGUUCAUUAAUUCAGUAAAUAUAAAAAUAGAAUAUGAUGCAUCAGAAAAUGCUUUACAUAUUUAUUUAGAGAUGGUAUUUGCAGGUUGAUGAGUUGCAACAAAAGUUAGGACUUCAAGGCGACUCACCUCAGAGAGACAGCAAUCUGAGGGAGGAGCGUCGCAGACUGGAAGAACAAGUCAUUUCUUUGGGCAACAAACUCAGACAGACGGAAACCUACAAUGGUCAACUCAUCUAUGAGAACAGUUCAUUGAAGGAUCAACUGAAAGAAAUUGGAGCUCAGUCUGGUGGCAAAAAGAUGGCUUUAAGAUUGUCUGAGGUUCAGGCUCAGUUGGAAGGUAAAGUUGUUGAGCUUGAUCAAAGCAGAGCUCAGCAGCAGGUGCUGCAGAAAACAGUUGAAGACCUUAAAGCAGAAGUUAUAAUAAGAACUGAAGAAAACCAGAGCCUGAAGCUUGAGUUAGUACAUAAAUCACAGACAGAAUCUGAUGAGCUUAGCUCUGAGAACAGUCUGCAGCUGAUGCUCACUGAGAAAUGUAAGCAAGUUGAUGAGCUGGAACAAAAACUAGGGGAAGAGAUUCAAGCUAAAGGAGCUCUUGCACAGGAGGUAACUAGACUAGAGAAAGAGUUGGAGAAGAGCUUGCAGGAGGCAGAAAAGUUGGCCAAACGCAGAAAGAAGAUGAAACUGGACCUUCAACGCCAACAAGAAGAAACUGAUAUCAAAUCAUUGCAGUCUGUGUUCCUCACAAGAGACAAAGAAGCUCUAGCAAGAAACAUUGACACCCUGAGGGCAGAGCUAAGUGAACUUAAGGGUGAAAUUUCCAGGUUGAAUGAGGAGUUGGACAGUGAGCGAACUAAGUCAAGCCUGGCACAAAAAGAGGUGACUGAGAUGAAGAGCCGGCUGUCUGAAGAGAAGGCAGAGUGGGACGUUUCACACAGAGAACAAACAGCCUUACAAGAAAGCAAGAUCACAUCACUCACUGUGCAGUUACAGACACUCCAGUCUCAGUAUGACUCCCUGUCUAGUGACAAUGCCGAUUAUCAAUCUCUGGCCACCACAUUGACUGCGAACAGUACCACACUGAAGAGAGAGGUUGAAGAGCUCAAGUUCAAGUUGAAGAAAACUGGUGAGACCAGCACCAAAUCUUCUGGUGAGGGCGCUGGACAAGACUUGAGUGAGCUGACGCAGCUGCUCGGUGAGGCAGAGCAGGAGAGAGACGAGCUGCGUGAGGAGUUUGAAGGUGUUAGGGAAGAACUCAUUGUUUUAAGGCGGGAUAAAAUGUCCCUGUCUCAGCAGGUUGUUGAGCUCAGUACAACGGUACAGCAGCUGAAGGAAAAAAUAUCUGGCCUCGAAUCGGCAAAGAGCUCAGAAAGUAAAAUAUCUCAGGGUGAGUCUGUGAAAGUGGAACGUGUGGUGCCACUUGGUAAAGACAAAGCUGCAUCAAGGGCUGAAGAAAUUGCCAGUCUGGAGGAAGAGCUAACAGAAUUGAGAGAGGAACUGGCCACUGCUCUUGAUGUAAACAAAGAUCUAAAGAUUGAAGUUAGUGGACUCAAUUGGAAAUUAGAAGAGGCAUCCAAUUUGGAGCAGGAUGUUGAGGACCUUCAGGCCGAGCUCUCAUCUUCCACCAUGGAGAAAAAAAUACUUUUCCAUGACCUAGAGGAGGUCAGAGGGGAAAUGUCAGCCCUGCAGACAGACAAGCACCUGCUGAUGAAAGAGGUUGAAAGACUUAGUGAACUGUUGGAAGGUCAAAUCUACCUGGGUAAAGGCUCUGGGGAUGGCAAGCCUGCCAGGGUCCAGAGAUCUACUAGUGAGGAGGUGUUGCAAGUCCUGGCAACUAAGGACUCUGAGAUCAGUGAAAUUCAGAGAAUAUUAGAUGAUAAGACCAAAGAAGUGAUUUCAUGCUUGACAGAAAUUGACAGCAAAGAUGCAAUCAUAAUUGAACAUGAGAAGCACAUUUCAGCUCUUGAGGAAGACUUGAAUCAGGCAGAGAGAGCAUUAGAAAACAUGAAAGAUCUUGAGCAAAGGAUCUCUUUGGUGACAGAAGAGCUGGAAAAUUCCCAGUCUGAGAACAAAGUGCUGAUAAAGAGGCUGGAGAAUUUCAAUGUUAAAAUAGACACAGUGAAAUCGUUAGAGGCUGAUUUCGACUCCUUGAAUGCAGAUUUCAACAACGUGUUGGAAGAGAAGAGAGAUAUGGCCAGACAGAUAGAAGACCUUCAUGUGAGGAUCAGGGACCUUGUGUCUCAUCAACAUGAAGUCACUUUCAGUGUGGAGCAGCAGCAGCAUGUGUUGAGGGAGAAGGAGACACUCCAGAGACGUGUUGCAGAGCUGGAAGGGACAGAAGGGAAUUCCAUGGAGGAAAAUGCACGGCUAAAACAGGAACUGGACAAGGUAAAUAUGUCUUCUUCUGAUCUAUUUGAAAUUCUUUUCCAUGUCAGUAAACAUUAAGAUAAUUUCAUUACAUGUCCUUGAUAGCACUAAGAAUCCAAAUCAUUGUUGGUAUUUUAGUUUGCUAAUUUUAAUAAAACUGCAACACAUUAAAUAAAUUUUAAAUAGAGCUUCUUUCACAACAUUUAUUUGGAUACAUUGUUAAAAUUAAACGAUAACUUUUUUAUAAUUAACUGUUCUUACUUUAUUGUAGGCUAGGAAAAAUCACAGUUAUUUUUUUUUAUUUCAAAAGAUCGUGGCAGUUCUCCAGCAAGCAGAGUUUGACAAAGAAUCCUUGACCUCCCAGCUUCAGUUGUACAUGACGGGUGGCAGUUCGGGGUCACAAGAAGAGUACAUGAGGCUACAAGCCCAGUUCUCGGAUGUCAUGGAACAGAAGAAUGCUGUUGUAACUCAGCUGAAUGAAGCUCUCCACACACUGAAACAGAGAGAAGCAAGAUGUCAGCAGUUAGCUCUGCAGGUCAGUACAGGCCAUGGAAAACACUGGUUCAACUCAUUUCUGUUGAUUUAUCCUUCAACUUUUACGUCUAACUUCACUGUCCAAAAAAAAAAAAAGAUAAUAUUCUCUUUAAAUGGGGUGAUGGUAAGAUAUUUAUCUUUGCACCUUAUUAAAAAGUCCCCUGUCAAACCUCCAAAUUCAUCAAUAUAUUUAUCAUUCAUCAUAUUGAGAGUGUACAAAUUCUGAAAUGAAUCUCAUAGUGUUAGAUCUUCAGGUAAAUUUUUCCUACCUGUUAGGAAAAAAAUCCUCAAUGAUCUUUUUAAUGUUCAAAUUUCAUAAACUAUGGGCAGAAGUAAAAAUAAGUCAACAAUAUCACAACAGAUAUAACUAGAAUUAUUGCUGUAUAUUACUGCUUAUAAUGUGAGAAAUUCAGGUUAAAAAUGCUACUUCAAACUAAGGGUUCACAUUACCGAGUGUGCAAGAAAUUUUUCAUUACUGAUAAAAGAUGCUCAAAUCUACCAAGCCUACUCACAUUGGGUGUUUGAGUGUGCAUCAAAUCUGUGCAUAUCACAAGUGAUGUCAGUUGUGGCUCUAUGAAAGGAUAUUGGCAUAUGACCAUAUUUAAUUUUAAAUAUUAUAAUAAUUUUGAGGAAUUUGACAUUUUUAGCAGAAACUCAAAAUUAUUUCAUUAAUUCUUUUGGACUAAAUUAACAGAUCCUUUAAGUUACCUCCCUGAAUUAAAAAAAAAAUUGUAACAGGAAGUGUCUAAUAGAUUCUUUCUAUUUCAAAUUCCUAUUAAUUUUUCAAUCUUUUUUUUUUAUUUAUCCCUUUUUUGCUCUUUUUUUUUUAUUUAUCCCUUUUUUGCUCCUGUGAUCAUGUCAUAGAUGAGCUUUCUACCAAAAAAAGGUGUCUUUUUUUAUUUCCUUUUUUUAUACUUCUAAAACAUGUUUGAACUGAAACAUUGAAAUAAUUUUAACAUUUAUCACCUUGUAUUGGAGGUUACAGUUAACUUUAUUUUAAUGUGUAAUAGCCAGACCAAAUAUCUCAAAUGUUAAAUGGAUAACUGUUUAUUUAAGGUGAGCCAACUUGCUGAAGACAGAGGUUAUCUGAACACACAACUGGCCAACUUGUCCAAAUCUUUGAGAGAAAAGGAACAAGAGUGGAUAGCUAUAAGGCAACAAUAUGGGGACCUCUAUCAGGCUUAUAUUGCUUCUCAAUCCAAGGUUUGGAAUUUUAUGGGUUUUUUUGUGUUGUUUUUGUUGUUUUUUUUACUUCAAAGAGUUUUUGUAAUAGAUUUUUAUCAAGCUUAAGCAAAUGUUUUACAGUUGAAAUGUACUUACUUAUAACUUACUUAAUAGUAUACUGCACGCCAUAAAAUUAGAAAAAAUAUUUUAAAACUAAUUGUGCAGACUGCAGAGUUGGAGCGACGAAUAGCACUUGACAGUGUCCAGAAGGAGUUGGAUGAAGAAGAGACUGCUGCAGAGGCAGACCAGGUCAGGAGUCAGAAUGACCAGGAAUUGAAUAGGUAAAAACAUCACAUAAUAAUUUAUUUGUAUGCAUCGUUUUCAGACAAUGACAUAAUUUUAAAUUAAUUAUAUAACACCAUUUUUGUUCCAAUUAAGAAGCCAGAGACAGCAUCAGUUUUUUUUUUAUAUCUCAAAAGAACUGGAGAGCAGGAUACUUUCAAUGAAUUUUAGGUGACAUUAAUUUGUUUCCUGCAUUUCUUUUAAGUGUUAAUGGUUAAAUCCUUUUCUCCUUUCACUAUCAGGCUAGUAGAGCUGCAAUCUCUGUACCAAAAUCUGCAAGAUACUUACACAGCCUUAAAUACAACAUUAACCAGGGAGAGAACUCUGAGAGAGCAACUUGAGAGGGAGCUUGGCGAGGCUCAGGAACAAAUAAAGCUAUUGGCCGCUUGUGCCAGUCGAGAGGUAUUGCCAGUGUUUUAAAUCCAAUGAGGGAUUGUGUGUGCAGCUUAUCCUUUGGGCCAAAUCACAACAAUUUCUGCUAUUGACAUUGAAGAUUUCAUGCAGCCCUCUGAGUUUUUGAUAAUGGACAUUUUAAUUUCUGAGGGAAAAUUAUUUCAUAUUUAAAUAAACUAUUUCCUCCUUCAUUGUGAUAUUUAAUUGUAUUUUUAAAAUGUUGGAAAGAAAAUUUGACAUGUUAUCUACCAUCACUGUUAUAGCAGUUCUUCAUAUUCCAUCGGUAUAUGUUGUAAAUCUUUUAAAACUAUUGAUGAACUAUGUAAGCCAUGCAUUUUCAUCCACAACUUACUUUUGAUUUGGUUUCAAUAAUCAGUUACAUCAUAAGUGAAGUGUGCAUGCAUAAGAAUGCACUCAAUGAUUUUAAAUAAACCCAGUUGAAUAACAAAAAAUUUUAUUUGACCUCUUUUGCUUAGAUAUACCUACAAAUGGAGGAGGACAAUGACUCUCGAAUUCGAGAAACUUCAACCAUGCUAAGUAAGUUUUUGUUUCCUAUUUUCCUUCUUUGGUGAACUUUUUGGUAUUCAAUCAUCAGAAGAAAAAAAAUCAGGCAAAAUAUUAUUAAAUGUACAAUAUUCAAUGUACACAUUAACAAAUUAUUUAUGGAUUUUGUUAGCCUAAAUUUAAAAAAAAAAAUUUUUAAGUGAUAAGGUCCUUAAGAUCAUUAAAUACCAAAGAUAAUCCUGAUAAUGUUUUUGCUGAUUUUGCUUUAAAGCUAUAUGUGUUUUAAUCGGGGACAGUCAUCAGACAAUCUUUAUUUUUAAAAUAAAUAUCUUUAGUGAUGCAGCCAAAAAAUUUUUUUAAUUCUCUUUUCAUUGCUCAUGUCAGGGCUCUUUUAAUAAAUUUGCACUAUUUAAAAUGACAUUUUUUGUAUUUUUCUGUAUUUCAGCACGUCAUGGUUUUGGCUAUUGCAGCAGAAUUCACAGCUGGUUGAGAGUUAAAAAGUGAGUUUCACAAUUUUUCCGGCCUGCUAACAAUGUUGUCAACAUUGUAAAAAUAUCAAUUUUUCUGUUACAUUUGUCAAGUUUUUUGUUGUGGCUAUAAAUUGGGUUAAGGCACUAUUUAGCAUUUGGUCAAAAUUUGAUUGAAUGCUUCUCAUUACUCAGUUAUUAACCAACUGAAAUCAUAUAGCUGAAGUCACUAAAUUAUAUUUUUUAAAUACACUUAUUCCGGUCACCCUUUUUUAAAAACUACUAAUAUUUUCCACUUUUAAUAUAUUUUAUUUUAUAUCUUUUUGCUAUCUGAUAGGAGUGAUGGGUAAAUUUUGCUUUUUAAUUUUACCUAAUAAACAAAUUUGAAUUGGUAGUUGCCAGAAACACUUAUUUUCCCCCCUCCUUUUACAAAUAAAAUGCUUGAAGGAAUAAUAAUUAUAAUGGGAAAAUUAGAAAUCAUGUUUAUGGAUGAAAUGUUUAGAAGAAUGUAUGAUUAUACAGAAAGUUUUAAGUAGUAUUUGAAAAUCUGUCAAUGCUCUAUUAUAUACCUAGAAUCAAUAGUAGCAUUUAAAUUUAUCUUUCUUUUCAAACUUAGCAACUAUACUUUUAGUGAAAAACAUGUUUAGGAUAUCGGAUGAAUAUUGCUUGUACUCAAUGAACUGAUCACAUCAGAGAGUGGCAAUGGGGAUAGUGGCUGUAUUUUGAGGGCUGGGUGGGCUGGAGAACUGUUUAAAAAAAUAAAUGUAAGGUUUUUAAAAAGUUUUAUGAACAUAAGCAACUUAAUAAAUAUUUUAGUUUAGUUAGGUUAACUAAUUUAAGAGAGGUUUAGCCUAAAUUUGACUUGAAAUAAGUAUAUAGCAGGAGGCAGCCAAUAAUUCUUCUUAAAGGCUCUUGCCCAUGUUUUUUCAAACACUAACAGGCACAUUUUGUGGAUCGGUUUAAUUUUGUAGAUUUUCUAUUUCAUUACUUUGAUGAAAUCUAUAACUAUGCAUUAGUACUUCAAGCAUUUUGCCGGCAUGCUUUAGAACCAUGAUUGAAGUAGCUGGCGCUGUCUGUUUAUUAUCAUGGUUGGGGCAGGGUAGAGAGAAAAGUGCUUUCUAAAUAAAUGGAGUAAGGCCUUGAACACUGCAUGAUUAAUAAGUACUUUUCAAAAUAACAAUAAAGUAGCAUCAUAUAUUUUCAGCAUUCUGCAGGAGCCAAUAGUCUUAUCAAGAUAGACUAAUACAUACACUUGUUACAUUAGAAUCCAAAGUAAAUCAGCCUAAUAGACCAGAUGACAUGAAUUUUUAAAUAAUUGGAGAAACAUUUUGAAUCUCUGCCAAAAUAAUUAUGUUUUAAAAAUCUUUUGCUUCUUUUAAACUAAUCUUUCCUAAUAGUGCAUGGUCAAUUUUCAAAUUACAAUGAGCUUUUUUUAUUUUUGUAAGGGGUGCAUGGUGUACAUUAAAUAUAUCUCCCUGACAGGGCCUACUUCUCCUUUUCCAGUCGACAGCUGGGCCGUGUUAUGAGGCUUCGUCCAGGACUACGCACUAUUAUCUGGAUCUACUUUGCCUUCAUCCACAUCCUUUUGAUAGCUUGCUUUGGUGGAUUCUUGAGAUAGUUCAUCAUGGUGGAUCAAACAAGGUUGGAUUGAUGUGGUGGAUUGAAACAAGGUUGGAUGGAUGUGUUGAAUUGGUGGAUGAAAACAAGGAUGGACGGAUGCAUAUCUAGCUAAUUUAUUAAUACAAAUUUGCAUUUUUAGAAAAUAUUUCGUACAUGUGUUGACAAAAAGGAUAUUUAAAUUGUAUUACUUUUGGUGAGAUGAAUGAAUGUACAAGUGAGUGAUGUUACAAGGAACGAAUGUCCUCCGGUUAUAUUAUAAGACUUAAGAAACUUUAAAACUUCUUUGAUGUACAUACAUUCUUUUACUGCCAAAGUUUUUUUUAAAAAAUGUCAUGAUGCCAAUGUUGUAAUUAUAGUACAGGUUUUUUUACCUGCUUAUUUCAUUUUAUUUAAUAAUAUUUGCUUGUUUACAUCUGGUAGUCUUACAUUUUUCUUUAUAACUUUCUCAAAAGUGCACCUUAUUUAAGUUUCAAUAACUUUUGUGAAGUUGAGUUUGCAAUAUGUAAAAUAAAUGUACAUAAAGUUGUUUCCAUCACUGACACACUUGUACCAAUACGUUGUGGUGAAUAUUUUGCAUCCAGUAAAUUCAUAUCAACAGCUCCACUUUGCAUACAAGUCAAAGGUACACUAUAUCUUGUCAGAGUAGGUUAUAUUAAUACUACUUCUUAUAUCAAUACUGUUGGGGUGAAAUUGGUGCUUUGUUCACUUUGUGUAGAUUAUAGCUGGGUGAUAAAUUUAUAAAUAUGGUAACUUGUGGUAAUAAUUGUCAGUUUUAUUCUUGUUAUAAAAGGCAGAUAUUCUGCAAUGUUACUUUUGAUGAAUGCAUCUUUGUGAAAAUAACAAUUUGAAAUGGAAUUAAUUUAAUUCCAGCAACAAAAAAGGGGUUUCUCUGUUUUGUUCAUGUUUGAUAAGUAAUGACCAAUAUUUUACUAACUUUAAAUUGAUGUUUGCAAAAUAUUACUUAGAUUGAAACUUAUGUAAUAACUUAUGUACAGAAGUAUCAUUGCCAGUGUUAUACAUUUAUCCGGAUAUAUUGCGAAGGUACUUUGUUGUGUCUAUGGCUUCUCGUCUUUCUUGCUCAUGGGCAUAUUUGCUUCCUCUUUGUUGUGAUUUCCGUGUGGUAGUGGUAAAGUACUAUUUCUUUCUUUUAUGUUUGUUAGUUCAUUCAUUAACUUAUACAAGUAUGGCAUUUCAUUUGUUAUUUGAAAUGCAUACAUGUCUGAUCAGUUGCUCUCUUUUGUUUACUUAUUAUAAUUAUUCAUAUUUAAUAUUUAACUUCUAACCUCAUCUAAUUUUUUUUUCGUUAAAUAAUUUCCAGCUCGUAUAAAUCAUGUCAUAAGUAUACAUCAUAACUGUGAAGCUGGUUUUACAUUCCUUUAUUUAUUAGGUAAAGAGUUAAAUCUCUACAGAGAUUUCUAGAAAUGUGGUGAAAAGUGGCAGAGUCCCUCAACAUUUCCUUAUAUGUUCACAUUCCAUUGUAACUUAUGAGUUUGCUUCACCCUUUUUGUCUUCUGAUUUCAUCAAGUCUAAAAAUUGGUUGUGAUACUUUUGUGUCCGUUGGCUGUAGUUUGUGAUAUUUGUUUUGUUCAAUGUAGAAAAAAAAUAAAUAAAAACAUGAGGACUCUACCAUUUCUGAGACAGCCGAACAUUAAAAUGAUUUUAAUCUGCUUUCUCAUGCCGGCGGUCUUGCAGUCAUAAUGACUAGAAAUUAUGUAAAUAAUUUUGAAUACUGUGAAAUUUUAUCAGGUUAUUGAAAUAUAUUAAAUGAAAUAAAUGAAGUUUUAUUUAUUCAAA